AUGACGGGGAUUUUGAAGAAGGAUGCUUGCUAUCACCUACAAGGGGGCGGAGGGAGAGGCGAGUUAAUAGAGAGGGAGGAGGUAUAUAUAUAUCAUUGACUGAAGAAGGAGACAAUAUGGGAGGGGGUGUGAGUAGAGCUUGUAGUAAACAGGGAAGGAAAAUGAAGGCAAAUAGAGGGCUCCGAUAGCAUUGAGGACUGGAAACUUGAAAUUAACACUUGGGCUGCGUGUGCACCACAGUUCCCACCCAAAGCAAUUUUGUAGUUUACCCACCACAGAGCUGCAGGUUGCUGCCCCCUUAAGGAACUACAGUUCCCAGAAAUAUUUGUGGGGUGUCUGCUUUAAAAGUACACAGCCCAGUCCAGCCAGUAAGAUAGUCCUAGGGAUAGAAGAGGGUCCCCCCCCCCCGCCGCCGCCCCCAGAGGAGGUGUGUGACAUAAAUCGAAGAAAGAAGAAAAAUAUUUUUGUGGAAGGUGACAAAGGAGGGCUAGAGGAGGGGUUGGAGAUGAGUGGCUAAGGAACUACAGUUCCCUGUAUUCAUGGGGGGGGAGCUUAUGGGGAGGGGGCGAGUGAGGCCACGGUUCACAGUUGGAGCAGGGAAGAAGGAAGAUGUUAGAGCAUGGGUAGUCAAACUAAGGCCCGGGGGCCGGAUCUGGCCCAAUCGCCUUCUAAAUCCGGCCCGCAAACGGUACAGGAAUCAGCGUGUUUUUACAUGAGUAGAAUGUGUGUUUUUAUUUUAAAUGCAUCUCUGGGUUAUUUGUGGGGCCUGCCUGGUGUUUUUACAUGAGUAGAAUGUGUGCUUUUAUAGAAAAUGCAUCUCUGGGUUAUUUGUGGGGCAUAGGAAUUCGUUCUUUUUUCAAAAUAUAGUCCGGCCUCCCACAAGGUCCGAGGGACAGUGGACCGGUCCCCUGCUGAAAAAGUUUGCUGACCUCUGUGUUAGAGGAUGGAUGGAGGAGUGGGUGACUAUUACAGGCGAAGAAAAAUGUGGGGGUUGCUUGGAUGGAAGAAGGAGAUUUAUGCUCCUCAAUAAGGCUAUGAGUUUUUGCAACCCCUUCCCCUUCCACCCACCAACCUUUUGGCCCAGACUUUCCUAAGAGGCAGCUGCUCCAGCUGCUUUUCCCACCUGCUCAGCAAGAAGAUGCCAGCGACCGGUUCCUGACUCAAGCCUGACACUCAUUCUUCCUCCACCAACUCUUUUUAUUUCUUUUCUCAGACUCCAAUCUUCCUCCUCCAACGCUCUAACAGGUAGGAUGACCUUGUCUCAACCUUUCUGUCGAUUCCCCUCUGUAUCUCCCCAUAUAUGAACUGAAUUGUAUGAAAUGAAUUGUAUAGGGGGAAAUGUGUCUUAUCUGCAAAAAUGUGUCAUCAGGCAAAAGCUCAUUCAAGCAUCUAUUACGAUAGAUUCGCCUUAGAAUGCUUAUGAACUUUCAUGGCAACUUUUUUUUUUGUUUUCACUGCAAACUGAUAUGGAAAUGCAGAGAGCCAACUCAGCUAUACAGCUGCAGAUAUAAUGUUUUGUGUGUUUUGAGUGCAUUAUACAAAUGUGUCACUAGAUGGCAAUGAUGAGCUAAUGGGGAAUUGCAUAUGUGUUUUAAAACAUUUUUUUUAAAAGCAUUUUCACAGCGUUUUUUUAUAUAUGUCUAGAUUCAGCGCUUAAGGCUGAAAAAAAUGGAAACUGAGAUAUCAUAUAUUAAAAGCACAUCAAGCCCCUACCAACAAAUCGGCCGGGUAAAUCUGAAGCCUACUAUACUAAAUAUCUUCUGGACGACAAGUCUAAUGAUAUCACAGUGGCUGUGGCAAAGUUUCUUUCGGUAGUCAUACGUAUCAAAGAUCAACAUACUUAAGACUAAACAAAUAUCGUCUUAGUCUCCCUCUCCCAGGCGGUUGUCUGUAUGAAUCUGCCUUUUAUCCUGUGUCUAUGUUACGGGUUUUUGGACCGCAAUAAAGUUUAUUAUUAUUAUUAUUAAAAACACAUUUCCCCCCAGCCCAGAUAAUCAUGGGAACUGUAGUUUACCCCUUGCGGAACUACAACUCCUGUAACAAAAUACAGUUCCCAAGAGUCUCAGGUGCGCGUUUGCACGCUUAAAAUAUAUGGUGUGUCCACAGCUUGUGAGAAAGUGGAACUGACAGAUUCUCCCGCUGCUAGGCAUGAGCAGGCCACUGAGAAACGAUGCAGUACCUUCCACGAGUUGUUGGACUACAACUCCCAUCAUGCUGGCUGCUGGCGCUUAUGGGAAUCGGAGUCCAACAGCCCUUAGAAGGUCACAGGCUCCCCAUCCUUGCUGGAAAGUUAUCGGUGGUGCUGUGUACCGGCAUUCUUUCUCUUGCUUCUCUCAUGCCCUUCCUGCCUUCUUCUGCCGCGCAGGAUGGGUGACGCCGUGAUGGCCGAGUUCGGGGCGGCGGCUCCCUACCUCCGGAAAUCGGACAAGGAGCGCCUGGAGGCCCAGACCCGGAUUUUCGACAUCCGCACGGAGUGCUUCGUGCCCGACGAGAAGGAAGAGUUUGUCAAGGGCAAGGUCACGAGCCGCGAGGGAGGCAUGGUCACCGUGCAAACCGAGAACGGCAAGGUCUGUGGCAAGGGCGGUGCAAAGAAUCAGAGGGCAGAAUCAUAGACUUGCAGGAAGGGACCCUAAGGGUCAUCUAGCCCAACCCGCUUCAACGCAGGGUCUGGACUUUGCAAAAGAGGUGGGCAGGGACAUAGGAAUCUGCCUCAUCCUGAGGAAGGACCCACUGGACCACCUAGUUCAGCGUUGUCUACACUGAAUGGCAGAGGCUGUCCAGGACUUAGCUGUAUCUGGAGGCACCAGGAAUUAAUAAUAAUAAUAAUAAAUUUUAAUUUAUACCCCGCCCUUCCCGGUUCAAAAACCGGGCUCAGGGCGGCUAACAACAAAUUUAAAACACUUAAUUAUAAAAGCAGCAUAAAAUACAGUAUAAAAACAUGAAUAACAAUAAAAUUCAAAAAUCAAUUUAGGGGAAAUAAGCAUUAGAUAAUCCCCAGGGCUAGGUGGCUGAAUUGGUCCUACUUGGGCCAGCGAGGAGGCCAGGGGAGAAUUAGCUGUGGGGUCUCAGAGCGAGUGAUCUUCAUAAAAAGGGGAGGGGGAGGGAAGGGAAAUAAAAGAUCAGACUGAAAUCAAAUUAAAGGCCAGGCGGAAUAGCUCUGUCUUACGGGCCCAAUGGAAGGAGGUUAAAUGCUGAAGGGCCCUAGUCUGAUGGGACAGAGCAUUCCACCAGGUCGGAGCCAUCACUGAAAAGGCCCUGGCCCUGGUGGAGGAUAGUCUGACCUCCUUAGGGCCCGGGACCGGGGCAGACCAGGAGAGGCGGUCCCUUAAAUACGAGGGCCCUAAGCCACAUUGAACCUGGGACCAUCCGGGUGUAAAGCAAGAGCCCGUCCCCUAAUGGAAUGAGAAUCCUUGGGGCUUGAAUGGGGAAGAGCAUUGCCAAGAAAGGUCGGGGGGGGGCCAAUGGGCCAAGGAGGGGUUCAUGUUUGUGAGGACGCUUGUCUGCAGCGAAGCCGAAUAUUGGAACAUUUGGGGCAGGGGAAAGAAUGUGCUUCUUUCCACGGCGCAUCGUUAAACUGCGGAACUCCCUGCCACAAGAGGCAGUGAGGGUUGCCCAUCUGGCUGUCUUUAGAAGCGGGUUGUGGACCAGUUUGUGGAGGACAAAGCUAACCAUGACUAUUUUCAGCCUCUGCGGUCAGAGGCAGGAAUGAGUACCAGCUGCUGGAAAUGGCAGGAGGGGAGAGAGUGUGCUCGGGUGCCGCUUGCGGGUAUCCCAUGGGCAUCCGGUUGGCCACCAUGAGAACAGGAUGCUGGAGGAGAUGGGCCUUUGGCCCUGAUCCGGCAGGCUUUUCUCACGUUCUGAUGAUUUUUGAGGAGAGCAGGAUAGUGUAAAGCCAACGAACUGGCAAUGUUCGACGAGGACAGUGGAAAUGGGGCUGUGGCUUUUGCGUCUAUCAAAUGCCAGGAUCCAAAAGGGGAACUGGGAGGUGUUCUGGAAGCUUAAAUGUCCGAUGGGAAUUGGCGGAUUGGUGUUUUUGAUUGUGGGAUCUGGACAGUGGUUUCUGCUAAAACUCCCCCAGACGGUGACAGUGAAGGAGGCGGACGUCCACCAGCAGAACCCGCCCAAGUUCGACAAGAUUGAAGACAUGGCCAUGUUGACCUUCCUGCAUGAAGCUGCCGUCCUCUACAAUCUGAAGGAGCGCUACGCCGCCUGGAUGAUCUAUGUAAGUCCGGCUGGGGGCACCCCACCAUCUAGGGGGCUACCUUCCCCAACCAGAUGCCCUUCAAAAGUUUUGGACUAGAACUCCCAUCAGCACCAGCCAGCACAGCCAUCUCGUGACGGUGAUUGUCUUGGUGCUGAUGGGAUUUGUAGUCUAGCUACUGACUGUGGCUGAUGGGGAUCGUAGUCCCCUUUGGUCAACUAUGGUUUCUUUGCUAGAUCUUCAAUUUUUUUUCAGCGUUCCUAUUUUCCUGAUUUAGAGAAGCCGGCCCGGUUUCUGAUUUCAUCCUGGAAUGUCCCACUUUUCCUUAGGAUUCCCCUAUUUUCAAUGGAGAAAUGUUGGAGGGAAUGGAGCUAUCUGACCCCUGAGCCGUCUAAAGACAAUCCUGUAUAGGGAAGGGUUUUUUAUGUUUAAUAAAAACAUAGGUUUUUAUAUAUGUUGGAAGUAGCCCAGAAUGGCUGGGGCAACCCAAAAAGAUGUCUGGGGUAUAAAUAGUAAAAUUAUAAUGAUGUAAUGGGAAAUCCCUAUUUUCAUCGGAGAAAUGUCGGAGGAUAUGAAGUUCACACUUUAUUCAAACUUGGCGUGUCCCUCUCAGCUUUUGGUUCCCUCUUCCUUUCUCCCCCCCAGACAUACUCCGGCCUCUUCUGUGUGACUGUUAACCCUUACAAAUGGCUGCCGGUCUACAACGCUGAGGUGGUCGCUGCCUACAGGGGCAAGAAGCGAAGCGAAGCCCCUCCCCACAUCUUCUCCAUUUCCGACAACGCGUACCAAUACAUGUUGACGGGUACAAAGGAUUCGUUGCCCUUGUGUGGGGUUUUUAUUUUGUGUGGCAGCAGGGACACGUUUCUCCCAGAACCCUCCUAAUCUGCUCCGGGGAAUUGUAGCCCAAAACAUCUGGACAGCGCUGGGCAGUGAAAAGCUAGUCUAAAUCCUCCUCAAUGCAACUCAUAAUGUGCUCAAAUUCACUGCAUUCCAUGAUGCUACAAGGUAUAAGUGGCAUUUUUAAAUAAAUAAUUGGAGAACUGGGGAAACCCACAGCUGUUCACUGAUGACAUCUAACAAUAGAACUUCCAUGUUCCGAAGGACUCUAUCUUUGACCACCUGAUAUUAAGGGUAAAAGAGCGGAGGGCAACUUUCAGCACCUUACCUUGCAUGUGAAUAUUUCUGAGCAACCUCUGGUUAGCCGCUCAAUGCCAGAGACAUUGGUCCUUAAUCUCAAACAGCAUGGCAAUUCUUACAUUUUCUCUUUCCUUCCAGACCGAGAAAACCAGUCUGUCCUCAUCACGUGAGUGCCUCAAAAUGACCCCCUUCUCCCCAUUUGGCAUGUUGUGAAAAUCCAAAGUAUUUUCUGACUGCAUAAGCAGUUGCAGGCUUCCCCUCUGCCCGGCUGCCUCACCGUCGUAUUCUGUCCUCAUUCCAGCGGAGAAUCCGGUGCAGGGAAGACGGUGAACACCAAACGGGUGAUCCAGUACUUUGCCAGCAUCGCUGCCAUCGGCGACCGCAAGAAGGAUGCCGCCAACACCAACAAGGUACCCACGAGCGAUCGUGAUCGUGUGCGACGCACAGGCCUUUCCCUCCUGCGUGAAGGCCUCCCGCCUCCUCUUCCAGCAGAGUAAUGCUCUUAAAUUCCUCUUGAAAGUCUCUAACGAGGAAGAGAGGCACAGGGAAUGCAUUCCACAAUCGGGGAGCCACCACCGAAAAGGCCCUGUCGCUGCCAGGUGGGUUGAGCAGCCACCAACAAGGCCUCACCAGCUGAUCGUAAGGUCCAAGAUGGUUGAUACUGGGGAAGGUGCUCUUUUAAACUAUAGUUCCCAGGAUUCUUUGGGGAAAGCCGUGACUCUCAAAGAGUGCUCAGCCGUGGCUGGUCCAUUGGGGUGUAUGGGGCACUGCCUCAUCGACCUCAGCCUGCCCUCAACCAGCCCCCAAAUGUCUACCUUCGCAUAUCCAGCUCAGGAACCAGCUUCUUCCUCCUUAGUCUCAGUGUUGCCCUUUGGAGAACUCAGUUUCCCUGAGAGUUGCUUGAAACAAAGGCAUGGAUGUGAAGAAACUCUGGUUUCUGACAUGCCAGCUUUCUUGCAUGGGAAUCCGUUCCGGGAGCCCCCAUUUACAUCCAAAAUUGGUGCAGCCCAGACGCAGGUUUCCCAUCCCAGGGAGAAUUAGGCCCUUGGCAUAGCUGGCUAAGGCCCCAUUAACAUCGUACAUUUCAAUCACAGAGUGACCCCGAGGGUUGUCUAGUCCAACUCCUUUUGCAGGAAUCUUAACACGCCGUCUCCCAUCCAACUGGAAACCAUAUCAGACCCUGCUUAGCUUUGCGAAUGUAUCAGUGGUUUUAUUGCUGCACCACUGGGAGGUCUCCUACUGCUUUGAGCCGUCAUGGCUUCCCCCAAAGAAUUCUGGGAGCUGCGGCUUAUUCAUGGUGCUGAGAGUUGUUAGGGGACCCCCACCCCCACCCGCACCCCACCCCAUUUCCCUUGCAAUUAUCUGGGAAGAGGGAUUGGCCGUUAGACCACUCUGAGAAUUGUACCUCUGUGAGGGGAAUGGGGGUCUCCUCACAACUCUCAGCAAAGAGAGGCAGCUCCCAAAAUGCUUUGGGGGAAGCCAUGACUGUUCAAAGCGGGCGUCAUAGUGCCCUAAGCAUGCAGUGCAAAUGCAGCCUUGUGUUUAAUCCAACAUGGCAACCCCUGCAGCCGGAAAAAAUUCCCCACAGCGGACCCUGGCAUGCUCUGAAUUUCCCCACAGCAGUGCCCCACAGAGCAUGACGUGGCAUCUGAAGAUGUGUGGAGGGGGUGGAUUUAAGCUGCCCUAACCAUUCACUCUGCUUUUUCAGGGGACACUGGAAGAUCAAAUCAUCCAGGCCAACCCUGCCCUGGAGGCCUUCGGCAACGCCAAGACCUUGCGGAACGACAACUCGUCCCGAUUUGUGAGUGAAUCUGGCUGGUUAGGGAGGCGUACGGAAGACCCCCAAAUAUCAAAGCCCUGCCUGCCUUCCGUGUUGAAUCCCACAACUGGGUCACGCGUUUUCUCGUCCGCACCCCCUCACAAGACCCCACGUGAGAUCACAGAGCCCCAAAUACAUGCUUUUUUGAGGGGCUGUGCUCUCACAAGCCCUCAAAAACGUGCAUUUUUGGGUGCUGUGCAAAACCGCCAGGUCAAGAAAAGUGCUUUUUUCAGGGUGAGAUGUUGGCAUGAGAUCAUACGAGAUCAUAACACCCAAAAUGGCUGGCCUGCUCUCCCGGGGGGGCGGGGAGGAUGUCCCGGUUUUUCCGGGAUGCUUGCGGGGUGUGCGUCCUGUAUAUCAGCCUAUGCCCUUGGGCACCUAGGAAGCUGAGUCAGACCAGGACUCCAUCUAGCUAAGUAUUGUCCACACUGACUGGCAGCAGCUCUCCAGGGUUUCCGGCUGGGGACACCUCCAGCCCAACCUGCAGAUGCCGGGGAUCAAACCUGUGACCUUCUCCAUGCAAAGCAACCCAAAUUGCAAUGAAACAUUGCUGUUGUUCUGUCUCUGGGUCUCACGUUCUCCCUCAAAAUAGUUCAGAAUGGGAUUGUUGCCUAACAUCCCUGCUAGGUAGGCUUGGCAGCGCAGAGAGGUAGCUUCUGCCUUACCCAAAGCCACCCCAUGAACUUCACAGCUUAGAGGAUGAUUUGAACCCAAGACUUCUUUAUCAGAGUCCAGCGCUCUCAUAUAGUCAUGCCCUCCUUUUUCUGUCUAGGGUAAAUUCAUCCGAAUCCACUUCGGAGCAACGGGAAAGUUGGCAUCAGCCGACAUAGAAACCUGUAAGUCAGACUGCAAAGGGAAGUUUGAUCUGUGCGUCCAGCUGCGUUUCUGUCCCCCACAGCAGCCACCUUGUGUUAUACCACACACCCUGCAGCCAUAGCUGUCAACCGUCCCUUAUUUGGCAGGAAAGUCCCUUAUCCCAGUGCUGUGUCCCGCUGCUGUCCCUUACUGAUGAUGUCCCUUAAAUUUCCCGGAUUUCAAAGGAAGCAGCUCCUCUCCCUCCCUCCCUGCCGGCCAGGGAGGAGGGAGGCUCCAACUGUCUUGCUUGGCUGCGUUGCUCACCCAAUAAGGAGUCUCAGAACGACUGGGGGGUGGAGCUUGCAUGCCUUGUGCCGAUCAAAUCGGCCGCCUUGCCUGGGGACUCGCCUUUGCUCAGCGCUUCCCAGUGGAGAGGCGACGGUGGUUUUCCUUGCUUCGUCCCCUUUGCCGGGUUGCUGCGCUGUGGGAACCACCGCUUGAGGCUUCCUUUGGCUGCUGGCUGGGCUUUCUGCCUUUGGCUCGGAGGGGCUCAGAUGUUGAACAUACUUGUGCCCAGAAAAUCCCUUAUUUUGGCUGCUGAUCCCUUAUUUUCGAGGCUGCUGGCCCAUAUUUUCAAAUCUGUAAGUUGACAGCUAUGCCUGCAGCAGCCAUCUUGUGUUAUGCCACACACCCUGCAGCAGCCAUCUUGUGCUAUGCCACACACUCCACAGCAGCCAUCUUGUGCUAUGCCACACACACCACAGCAGCCAUCUUGUGCUAUGCCACACACACCACAGCAGCCAUCUUGUGCUAUGCCACACACUCCACAGCAGCCAUCUUGUGCUAUGCCACACACUCCACGGCAGCCAUCUUGUGCUAUGCCACACACUCCACAGCAGCCAUCUUGUGCUAUGCCACACACUCCACAGCAGCCAUCUUGUGCUAUGCCACACACUCCACAGCAGCCAUCUUGUGCUAUGCCACACACUCCACAGCAGCCAUCUUGUGCUAUGCCACACACUCCAUGGCAGCCAUCUUGUGCUAUGCCACACACUCCACGGCAGCCAUCUUGUGCUAUGCCGCACACACCACGGAAGCCAUCUUGUGACUGGCACCCACUGCACUUCCCCAAAUAUUCCACUGGCCCAAAAAGCUUGGCAACUCUUGCCUCCCUCUUCAAAUUCCUUAUCCCGCCAUACAUACUCCAGUUAAGAAAGAGUAGCAGUUGUUAUUAUUAAAACAAAUUUACAGGAAACUUCACGAUGUAAAGCCAUUGGAGGGGUGUGCAUAAUAAUAAUAAUAAUAUAAUAAUAAUAAUAAUUUUUAUUUAUAUCCCGCCCUCCCCAGCCGAAGCCAGGCUCAGAGCGGCUAACAACAGUAAAACGAUAAAACAUUCUAAAAUCAUUUCAUUAUAAAAUUAAAAACAGUAAAAGUAAAAACAGAAUGAAAUAGAAACACAAGCUCUGAUGACAAUAAUAUCAAUUCAACAAACUCUAAUGCAAAUGAAACCAUCUCUACAAACUCUAAAAGCAACUAACCUGUUUCAUCCAUUAAAAAACUGAUAUUUCCCCUCUUCCCCAUUUGCUAUACCUGAGGGCAAGGAGUGUCUUAGAACUGAUUUUGUACGCUGCUCUGAGAGAGCCUAAAAGGAUAAGCAAAUAAAUAAAUACUUAUAUGUAGUAGUGAUAUCUAAAUUUGCAUCUAGGCAUAUAAAUUAAUAUAUGCCAAUCCUGUGCAACUAUGUGUUUUUUGUGUUGUUGCUUUUUGGCAAGAUGUAAGUGGCUGUCCUAGAUUUUACACAGCUUGCAUCAAUUCAGUAUUCACACAGCCCCCUGCCCCUUCUCUCUCAGAUCUCCUGGAAAAGUCCCGGGUGAUUUUCCAGCUCAAAGCUGAGAGAAACUACCAUAUAUUCUACCAGAUCCUGUCCAACAAGAAGCCAGAGCUUCUGGGUGAGUAUUUCGGUUUUGUGUUUCUCCAUAACCAGGGGGCGGGGGGGGGGGGAUUCAUGUGUAUACCAGAACUUUAGGUUUGCACAUUUAUUUAUUUUUAUUUUAGAUUUUAUAGACUGCUCUUUCAUAAUAAAAAAAAUACAGCAACGUAGUAUCCCGUAAACAAAUUUACAAUAGCAUAAAUAAAAACAUUCGUAAAGACAUCAGUAGAAACAUCAAAUAAAUGCUGAUUACUUAAAAGGAGGUUCCCGAUUCAAAGGCCUGUCUAAACAACACUGCUUUUCGGGGAUGCCUAAAAGAAGGCUGGGGCGAUCCCUGCUGAACCUUUAGUGGCAAGCAGUUCCACCGGCCAGGUCCUGCUGCAAUCAAGGCUUGGUCCCUAGUGAAGGCUGACCAAGCCUUUGGGACAUGGGGGAACCACCAGAAAUGCCCCGUUGGAGGAUCUCAGUGAUCGAGGCAGAACGUAAGGGACCUAUGGUCCUAAAGGGAAUUUGGUCCCGAGUUGUUUAGGGUUUUGUGAAUUAACACAAGAACCUUGCAGCUGAUUCAGUAGCAAACUGGCAACCCAUCUCUCAGCAGAAGUGUAGUGUGUUGCCAGUUGCCUGCUCCUGUGAACCGUUUGGCCACCGCAUUCUGCAUUCUCUGCAGCUUCUAGACUAUAUACAAGGGCAGCCCCACAAACAGCACAUUGCAGUAGUCAAGCAGAAUAAAGGUCUCUGCCAGCCUAGUGCAGCAAGUGAACUUUCUGCAGUACAGGAAAGGGAAAUGCAUUGAAAAGUGUGGGCUGAAUAAUCUUGAUGUCCGUGGAAAUUCAGGACUGCUAUUCUUACCUCAUCCACAGAACAGUACCAGUCAGUUGUAAAAUUAUUUAUUUAUUACAUCCCAUCUUUCCUCUGAGGAGCUCGUGGUUCUCUUCUUCCCCUCCAUUUUAUUCUCACAACAGCCCUGCCAGGUAGGUUAGGCGGAGAGGCAUCAAGCAGCCCGAAGUCACCCGGUGAGCUUAAUGGCCAAGUGGGAAUUUGAACCCUGGUCUCUCCCAGGUUCUGGUCUGACACUCUAACCCAGUGUUUCCCAGACUCGGAUCACCAGCUGUUUUUGGACUACAAUGCCCACCAUCCCUUGUUAGCCGGCGGUCAAGGACGAUGGGAACUGUAGUCUGAAAACAGCUGGAGACCCAGGUUUGAGAAACACUGCUCUAACCACCAAACCACGCUGUCUCCUUUUUCCUUUAGCUACGCUGUAUUUUCUUGGUCAGUUUCCCCAUUAGGGGCAGUUACCAAACUCUGCUAAGCCAAUUUGAUAAGGAGGCGAGGCUUUCCGAAACCAGGCGAUAACAAGUCUAACUAUAAAUCUACAAUAAGUUUAAAUGGGUUUAAAUGAAAUAUCCGCAUUGUGACCAAAUCGUUCUUUGAGCCGAUGGUUUCUGGGGAGUCAUGCCCUGAAUACAGUCUGCUGUUAACCCCCCUCUUCAUCCCCCUGUUUCUUCCCCCAAAAGACCUGCUUCUGGUCACAAACAACCCCUACGACUACAGCUACAUCUCCCAAGGAGAGGUGACUGUGGCCUCCAUCGACGACUCAGACGAGCUGAUGGCUACAGACGUGAGUCUCUUUGCAUAAACAAGAUCCAAUUAGGGGCGCCAAAAUUUGGUCUCUCAGAGGGCGCCAUAUUGAAAAAGAUGACCAAAAUCCUGGGUGUAGCAAUCCCUGGACAGAGCUAUCUUGCAUUUUUUAAAUGCUUUUCAGGUUUAUACAUUUCAAUAAUUUUACAAUCAUUUUAACAUUUCAAAGCUUGACUUCCUUCUCCUUCUUUCUGCGGUUCCUUAAAUUUGUUUUUGAUAUCUUCUGCAUAUCCAAAUGAACUUAAUUUGCUCAUUUAUUCAUCUUAAUUUGCUCAUUUAUUCAUCUCCUUUAAAUACAUACUCUUAUAAAACUGCAGGUUAUUACAAUAGCCCUGCCAAUGUUCUGACCUGUUUACAAUUUAUCUGUUAAUACUCAAUAAACCAUUUCCAUUCUUUUAUAAAAAGUUUGUUAUCUUAAUUUCUUACUCUUCCGGUAAGUUUCUCCAUUUCUGCAUACAGUGGUACCUCGGGUUAAGUACUUAAUUCGUUCCGGAGGUCCGUUCUUAACCUGAAACUGUUCUUAACCUGAAGCACCACUUUAGCUAACGGGGCCUCCUGCUGCUGCCGCGCCGCCGGAGCACGAUUUCUGUUCUCAUCCUGAAGCAAAGUUCUUAACCCGAGGUACUAUUUCUGGGUUAGCGGAGUCUGUAACCUGAAGCGUAUGUAACCUGAGGUACCACUGUAUUUCAUAAGGGAGAGCUAUCUUGUGGCUACAGAACUGGAACAGCACCACCUGCUGGCAGCUCCUGGAGUGCAGGAAAUGUAGUGGGGGGUGUGUCAAAAGUGAAUGGUGCCAAUUUGAGAAGCGUCCUCGGUGACGUUUUCUUUCUUUCUUUCUUUCUUUCUUUCUUUCUUUCUUUCUUUCUUUCUUUCUCCCCCCCUUCCAUAUAUACAUAGAGUGCCUUUGAUGUCCUGGGUUUCACCCCAGAGGAGAAAGUCGGGGUUUACAAGCUGACUGGCGCCAUCAUGCACUACGGCAACAUGAAAUUUAAGCAGAAACAGCGGGAGGAGCAGGCUGAGGCCGAUGGGACCGAAGGUGUGUGGUUUGCAAAGGGCAGGAGAGAUCUGUCGGAUAAAGGGGAAUGUCAGGGAGAAGCGGGAAAGGGAUUUGCACAGCCAUCCUCAAAAAUGAGCAUUUCUCUGAAUUUUGUAGUUCUCCAGCCAAGUCACGUGCACGAAGAAUAAAUAUACUAGGAUGGUGUGUCUAUUAAAAUGUAUGUAUGGGGGGGGGAUACCAUCCCAAAAUGCAUUAAAUUAGGGGGGAUUGCUUUGCAGAGGUUCAGAUAUCAGGCAAAAUGACGUACCAUCGUGUGUGUAGUACCAGGAGAAAUUUGUUGGCGAGGCCUUGCUUUAAAAAAUAAAACAAAAAUGCAGAUUGAGGUGGAGAACUGACCUUAAGAUUGAAGAAAGGAGAAAUGUAGCAAAGCUGAAACGGACAGACGCCUCCACCCCUUAAAAAAUAAGUUGCCGGAGUAGAAAAUAUAGGAUCCCACCCGCAGUAUCUGCCAUACAUAUUUCCUUUCCUCCCCAGAUGCAGAUAAAUCUGCCUACCUGAUGGGCCUGAACUCAGCCGACCUCCUCAAGGGUCUCUGCCACCCGAGGGUGAAGGUUGGCAAUGAAUAUGUCACCAAGGGGCAAAAUGUCCAACAGGUGAGGAUGUCUUUUUGCAGGCCGCGCUGCAGCGGGGCCUCAGGUUCCAGAGAGUGUGGUAGGCCAUAUUUCUUCAGCCUUGGGUUCCCAGGUGUUGUAACACUACAGCUGCCAUCAGCCUUGACUAUUGGCUAAACUAGCAGGGGAUGAUGGUAGUUGUAGUCCUACAACAUCAGGGGAUGAUGGGAGUUGUAGUCCUACCUGGGGUUCCAAGGUUGGAAAACACCAUUAUAGGGUAUUUACAGUUGGGCAAGCUCGACAUGGGUGCAGCUGCUGGCGCUGAUGGUGCUGGCCUCAUUAUUCGCAUCAGUUCAGACUGGAGAUGGGGAGAAAUUUGACCCAGUUUCCAUUUAAAGGCAAACUUAGGCAAUUUGCAAUUUGUAACAAUGCGUGAACCGAAACACAGCCCUCCUUCGAAAUUUGCACUUCUCCAAACCUUGCAAUGCUGUUCCUGCACCCCAUCACAAUUAACGUGCACUAAAAUGUAUAUAUAUUAGUGAAAAUAACACAUUGACAUGCAUUACGUUAGAGAAAGUUGCUUUGCAACCGUGAGUGUUUUGGGCAAGGUUGCAUUCCCAGAAAUGUUUAUAUUAGGAGAUUGGAGCACUAAAAUGCGGAUGAAUUCUCACGAGAACUUUUUAAAAACAAACAAACAAACAAUAACAUCACAAACUGUUGUGGAAACGGGGAGAACCAACUUCUAAUUAAUCAUGAAUAGAAAUGUAAUGUUAGGCCCAGGGUUGUUGAAUUGUUGUUGUCAUAAUAAAGGAUAGAAACCCUUCUAAAAAAAGGAGGGAUCGAAACCUUUCUAAAAAAAAACCCAACCGCUUAGCUGGAAUGAGCCUGGUUGGAUUUAGGGGCAGGUGCCCCAGAUGACUGCCUGGGGCGUUGGGUUUGGGGGGUGCCAGGCUCUGUUCAGGGUGCACCUGUCACCCAGAUGAUCUGCUCCGCCCUGAGUUCGACAGCUGAAACUAACGGAACAAACAGUUCAGAGGCCGCAAAUAAAAUCCCUUAUGCACAAGUUCAUCAUCAUCAGCCACCGUAGCAGGGAUCAGGCUUAUUUGCAGUCAGGUCAUGUAGCAAAGUCACGAAAUGGGGUACGAGGUGCCUAAAAUUGGGUGGUGUGGGGGUUAAAACAGAGGUCACCAAAGGAACUCUGGACCUGAGGAGCCAUUUGGUCUAGGGCAGCGAUUCACAAACUUUUUUCCCCUCUGGGUCACAGUUUCAGAAUAAAAAUUUGCCCGUGCCACUCCAAUUUUCUAAUUGAUAAAUACAGUACAUUGGAAAACAGAAAAGAAAUGACUCCUGGCAGGGCUUGGUUUUGAAAAGAUAGCUAUCCAUACUCUGCAGAUAAGAAGAAAUAUUUUGAAACUAUGCUAUACUACACUAUGCUGAAAAUGUUGAUAUGUUUCUUUGAUGGUCCUUGCCAUCCUCUCCCUUUGAGAACCAUUGGUCAAGGAAUGAGCGGACAGUCUGCCUUCUUCUUUGAAGUUCUGCAGCCCUGGGGCAUUUUAAAAAAUGCUGUGGUUUUGGGGGGCUGGGGACUCAGCAGCCUUUGAAAGACAAAGAGAGAGGUGCUCACAGUCAAGGCAGCAGGACUCCUUGCUCAGAGCCCAUAUAACUUGAUACUGCUGAAGAUUAUGUCUUUUUCCCCUUUAAUUUUUAUUAAAUUUUCUGUUUUACAUUUUAGAAUAUUCAUUUAAACAACCUUAAAAUACCAAGGACUUCCCUUCUUCUCUUUCCAUGGUUCAUUUCGCAUAACACAAAUCCCUGCAUAUUUUAUAUAAACUAAACCAUUCAGUAUUCCAUUGUUACAUCCAUCAAAACUUAUUUACACUGCUGAAUUUAUCUUAAUGCUGCCCACGUUUUCAAAUAAACACAGUUUCCCUCCAUAUAGUCAAUAAACAUUUUCCGGUCUUCUUUAAACGUAUGUUCUCCUAUUCUAUGUGUUAGGUCCGCAAGUUGCACAUAUUCCAUCUUUAGUUCUUCUUUAGUUGUGACUUCACUCGUUUUCCAUCUGAGGGCUAACGAAACACGAGCCGCAGUCACAAUGCUGGAGUCUUCUCUGCCCUUUGCCAUGAGGUCCCAGGGCAGCUUACAACGCCGUAAAAACACAGUACUAAAAAUCAGUUUGAACGAUUUACCAUCAGAAGACCAGGCUCCAUUUGCCUGCUCUCCUUGGCCAGGACAUCAGCCCCUGCCAUGCUUGUACAGGAUCUGGUGCUGAGAAGAAGAAGAUUUUGGAUUUGAUAUCCCGCUUUAUCACUACCCUAAGGAGUCUCAAAGCAGCUAACAAUCUCCUUUCCCUUCCUCCCCUAUAAUAAACACUCUGUGAGGUGAGUGGGGCUGAGAGACUUCAAAGAAGUGUGACUGGCCCAAGGCCACCCAGCAGCUGCAUGUGGAGGAGCGGGGAAUCGAACCCGGUUCACCAGAUUACGAGUCCACCACUCUUAACCACUACACCACACUGGCCUGCUCUGCACCUGCCUAUGCACUCUUGAUUUAUUUUUCUGCAACUCCAAGCAUGCCAGCUGGGACUGAUGGGAGCUGAGUCCAAAAAUAUCUGGAGGGCACCACCAGGCACAGGGACUCAGAUUGCUUUCCCCGAAGUGUUGCUCACUUUUCCUUUCCUUCCUCUCCUGGCUCCUCUGCUCAGGUGUACUACUCCAUUGGGGCCCUGGCCAAGUCUGUGUAUGAAAAAAUGUUCAGCUGGAUGGUGGUCAGGAUCAACAACUCAUUGGAGACCAAACAACCCCGGCAGUAUUUCAUCGGGGUGCUGGACAUCGCAGGAUUUGAGAUCUUUGACGUGAGUACAUUGCGGUGGGUGUCACCGGAUAGGAUCAUUGUCCUUAAGUAGAUAUCCCCUACCUGGAGGACUGGUCUCUUCCUAUUGGGGGGAACACAGUUUGUUCAGCAGACCGCAAGCCUGUCAUGUUUUGUUUCUUUCCAAGUGUGACUUGUUUUCUGAGCUGCUCAUCCGUCCUCAGCUUGGCUAGGUUAGGCUAAGGGUUUGUGAUUUGCCCAAGGUCGCCCAGUCCGCCUCAUAGUACGUUUCCGAGCACAAUUCAAAGUGUUGGUGCUGGCCUUUAAAGCCCUAAGCAGCCUCAAAGGCUCAGUAUACAUGAAGGAGUGUCUUCACCCCCAUCUGCCCGGACAUUGAGGUCCAGCUCCGAGGGCCUUCUGGCGGUUCCCUCCCUGUGAGAAGUGAGGUUACAGGGAACCAGGCAAAGGGCCUUCUCAGUAGUGGUGCCCGCCUUGUGGAACGCCUUCCCAUCAGAUGUCAAGGAAAUAAACAACUAUCUGACUUUUAGAAGGCAUCUGAAGGCAGCCCUGGUUAAGGAAGCUUUUAGUGUUUUGUGUUUUAUCGCUUUAUUAUUAUUAUUAUUCUAUUGGGAGUCGCCCAGACUGGCUGGGGAAACCCAGCUAGAUCAGUGGGGUAUAAAUAAAUAUUAUUAUCAUUAUCAUUAUCAUUAUCAUUAUUAUCAUCAUAGCUGAGUGGGGUUUUGAACCCUGGACAGACUGGUUUUUCAAAUUGCUCGAGUCCUUGAUUUCGUUUCCCUUCCUCGCUCCCUGUCUCAGUUCAACAGCUUUGAGCAGCUCUGCAUCAACUUCACCAACGAGAAGCUGCAACAGUUCUUCAACCACCACAUGUUCGUGCUGGAGCAGGAAGAGUACAAGAAAGAAGGGAUCGAGUGGGUCUUCAUCGACUUCGGCAUGGACCUCCAGGCCUGCAUCGACCUCAUCGAGAAGGUGUGGUUUUGAGGUGCUCUCUGAGGGAUGGAAUCACGCCUGCAUACUGAGAUCAGGGAAACAGGAGGGAGGGGAAGGGUUUAUCAUUGGCUUCCCAAUUUGCCAGACUAUGAAGCUAUGAUGUUAAGGUGCUAGGAAGCCAUUAAGCAUUGUUCCUGGUUCAGAGGUAGCAGGAAUCCACAGUUAACUGUGGCUCCCUGCCUUGUUUGCAUGAAAGGGGUGGGAGAAAGUGAGAUUGUAUGAAGCUCAUGCACCUCUCCAUUUAUUAAGCCGAGAUGUGAUUGUGGAAGCACAGCCUAGAACCCUGCCACCUUAAGGGCUAGAAACUUGUUUGUUUGCUUUAAAGGCAAGUAAUCCUUCUUUUUCACCCAAUGCCAGUUACUGGAUUUGCUUUGUCCCUUACCACUGUGUAACACAACCCUGAAUAUAAGGGGACUGGCCAUUAGCACCCUUGUUGUGCCUUGCUAAAAUAAAUUCGCUUUACCAUACAUGGGGAGGUGGGUCAUGGUUCGACCUCUUCUGGGUUCUUCCCCUGUUCUUCCAAUUCCUUCUGUGGUUUCGUCUGAUUUCACUACGGCUAACAGCUUCCAAACAACUUUAAACCAUGGCUUCAUAUUCUGGCUCGUUAGGGAACGAUUUGCUAUAGUUUCCCAGUUCGGAUGCAACAGGAAACCAUGGUUAGCUGGGUCUCCCUGACUUGCUGCUUUGGCUCUAUUUCCCCCCUCUUUCCGUGCAGCCGCUGGGCAUCAUGUCCAUCCUGGAGGAGGAGUGCAUGUUCCCGAAAGCCUCUGACAUGACCUUCAAGGCCAAGCUGUACGACAACCACCUGGGCAAGUCGAACAACUUUGGGAAGCCCCGCAACACUAAGGGCAAGCCGGAGGCCCAUUUCUCCCUCAUCCAUUACGCCGGCACCGUCGACUACAACAUCCUUGGCUGGCUGCAGAAGAACAAGGACCCCCUCAACGAGACGGUGGUGGGGCUCUACCAGAAGUCGUCCCUCAAGCUCCUUGCGACGCUUUUCUCCAGCUACGCCAGCAUGGAGGCUGGUGAGAUGGAUGGGCGAGGAGGAGAGAGGGAGAAGGAGGAAAGGAGAAAGCCAAGCCCAGCACUCAGAAUCCUUGGGCAGUUGCCCUGGCAUCAGGGCACUCUGGAGAGUGGGGGGGUGGCUGCCAUUUUAAUUUCCCAAAACGCUCCAAAUUAGGGCGCAGAUGAAUCUGUUAGCUUUGGGUUCUCUCUGUUUCUUCUCAUUUUUUCCAGCCUUAAGUCCACCUCCCUACGUUUCUGCUUCAGUUUGCAAUUUAUAUAUUUUUUUACUUAGAAGAAAAACCUUGUGGAAAUUUGGCAGCAUUCAGAGCAAAUUUCUCCCAGCGAAGCACGUUUUCAGUACAGUGGUACCUCGGGUUAAGAACUUAAUUCGUUCUGGAGGUUUCUUCUUAACCCGAAGCACCACUUUAGCUAAUGGGGCCUCCCGCUGCCGCCGCGCCGCCACCACACGAUUUCUGUCCUCAUCCUGAAGUAAAGUUCUUAACCCGAGGUACUAUUUCUGGGUUAGCAGAGUCUGUAACCUGAAGCGUCUGUAACCUGAAGCGUCUGUAACCUGAAGCGUCUGUAACCCGAGGUCCCACUGUAUUCGGUUUUGCCUGACAAAAACAUCAUCAUGAUCAUUUUAAUUUGUAUAUGCCGCCCAUCUGACUGUGGUUCCCCAGCCACUCUGGGCAGCUUCCAAAAAAAGUAUUUAAACACAAGCAAUUUCCACUAAAGCAAUGUGUUAUUUUCCCCUCCUAUGUGCAUAUCUUUGCACAGUACACGCCUCCCCCCAGUAUACACAUUUUUGUGUGUGUCAUCACACUGGAGACCUGCAUCACAAAAUGUGGAUAAGUGCAAAUUUAAAAGCCGUCUGCAUUUCAGUUUGUGUAUUGCUUCAGAAAGCACGUUAAAAUCUACCCUGAACUGAAUUUCUACCAGUCCUAGUUUGGCAUGAUGUUACAUGCCCAGAGUGCCUUCCAUCAGCUUCGGCUGGUGACCCAGCUACACCCCUAUCUGGACAGGGAUAGCCUAACUGCUGUUGUCUAUACUCUGGUAACCUCAACGUUAGGUAACUGCAAUGUGUUAUAUGUAGGGCUGCCUCUCAAGACAGUUCGGAAACUUCAGCUGGUGCAGAAUUCAGCGGCCAGGUUACUCACCGGAGCGAGACGGUUUGAGCAUAUUAUACUGAUCCUGGUCCAACUGCACUGGCUAAAUAUUAGUUUCCGGGCCCAAUUCAAAGUGCUGGUUUAGACCAAUAAAGUCUUAAAUGGCUCAGGACCUCAAUACCUCAUAUGGAAUGCCUCUUUCCAUAUGAACCUACCCAGACCCUGAGAUCACCUUCUGAGGCCCUUCUUUGUGUGCCUCCUCCUCGAAAGGUCCGGAGGGUGGCAACACAAGAACGGGGCCUUCUCUGCAGUGGCUCCUAAUCUGUGGAAUGCUCUCCCCAGGGAAGUUCGCCUGGCGCCUUCAUUAUAAAUUGUUAGGCGCCAGGCCAAAACGUUUCUUUGGUUGAUUUGAUUGACAUCCUAUGCCUUUUUAAAAGAUGUGUUUUUUGUGGGGGGUGUAUUGGGUUGUUGGUUUUAUUUUGAUUAUGUAUUUUGUGGUUUUAUAUUUUGGUUUUAUUCCGUGAACUGCCCUGAGACCUCCAGGUAUAGAGCUGUAUAUCAGUUCAAUAACUAAAUAAAUAAAAUAAAAUAAAAUACAUUGAAGGAAGCAAGUGGCACUGCAGGAAAUGAGAGCAGCACAGUGUAGUGGUUAAUUAGAAAGAUUUCAAUGACAGUCAUUGGGAAGGAGACCAGUGUAGGAGAACUAAAUUUAAGACUGAAAAAGAAGAAGAGAAACUGAAAGAAACCAAAAUUGACCUGAUUUGCUCAUCCCUUUGAUGAGGGAGGCUUGCCUGAGUUUUCAAAACCUUCACUCUCUGCGCUUCUGUCCUCAGGUGGAGAUGGAGGGAAGGGAAAAGGAUCGAAGAAGAAAGGAUCAUCUUUCCAGACUGUUUCUGCAGUUCAUCGGGUAGGAAACCAAAGGCCGCCCCACAAAAAAGAUGGGAGAGGGGUGCUUGUUUGAUUAUUAUUUUUUAAGUCAAGCAAGGGGGAGCAAAGAAGACAUUGCUGGAAACUAAAUAAGUAUUGACACACAUUCCUCCCUCUCUUUUCCUCCUUCUCUCCUUUCGUCUUCCCCCUUUCCCUGCCUCUUCUUCCCUCACCUCUUCUCUUCCUUUCUACUUUUCCCUCCCACCCUCUCUCUCCCAUUUCUGCCUCUCCCUCUCUCCCUCCUCUGUCCCCCUCUCCUUUCCCCUCCCUCUUUAUCUCCUCUCCAUCUUCUUCCCUCUCUCCCUCUCCUUCUCUCUUUCUCUGGCAGGAGAACCUCAACAAGCUGAUGGCCAACCUGAAAACAACCCACCCUCACUUUGUGAGGUGCCUCAUCCCCAAUGAACGGAAGGCCCCUGGUAAUGGGACAGGGACAGGGCUGGUGGACUGGACUGGGAGGUGCUGGUCUGCUGGUUUGGGGAGGCCCUUGGGCAGCUAACUCACAGACAGGGACGUGUCUACGGUUUCACGUUCCCCCAGCGGUGAUUACCUGAAAUGCGUACCAACAAAAGGAACGGUGGUGCAAAAGACAGGGAGGGAAUCUGCCUCUAUUGGCAUAUUUAGCACAACUCUAGCGGCAAAUGGAACGGGACAGGAGCCACACAGAGCAAUAGAAACAUCACUUCUUAAGUGUAUGGGAGGUUCCUCUCCCAAUGCAUUGCCCGGGAUCUCUAGGUGGCGCUGUGGGUAAAACCUCAGCACCUAGGACUUGCCGAUCGCAUGGUUGGCGGUUCGAAUCCCCGUGGCGGGGUGCGCUCCCGUCGUUCGGUCCCAGCGCCUGCCAACCUAGCAGUUCGAAAGCACCCCUGCGUGCAAGUAGAUAAAUAGGGACCACUUACCAAGCGGGAAGGUAAACGGCGUUUCCGUGUGCUGCGCUGGCUCGCCAGAGCAGCUUCGUCACGCUGGCCACGUGACCCGGAAGUGUCUGCGGACAGCGCUGGCUCCCGGCCUCUAGAGUGAGAUGAGCGCACAACCCUAGAGUCUGUCAAGACUGGCCCGUACGGGCAGGGGUACCUUUACCUUUACCUUUAGCGGCAAAUGGAACGGGACAGGAGCCACACAGAGCAAUAGAAACAUCACUUCUUAAGUGUAUGGGAGGUUCCUCUCCCAAUGCGAAAGGAUUGGAAGCGACCCCCAAGGGUGUCCAACCCCCACAAUGCAGGAAUCUUUUGCCCAACGCUGGGCUCGAACCCACGUCCCUGAGGUUAAGAGUCUCAUUCUCUACAGACUUCUGGCUCUGCAGUUCUGGAGCAGGAGUGUGGAGUCCUUUUUCUGCCUGGAGACCACAUUCCAUCCUGGGCAACCUUCUGGGAUGGAGUUGUGGGUGGGGGCAAAAGAAAAAGAGGAUAGAGCAAUGGGUGCAAAUUGGGACGCGGGUGGCGCUGUGGUCUAACCCACAGAGCCUAGGGCUUGCAGAUCAGAAGGUCGACGGUUCGAAUCCCCUAAACGGGGUGAGCUCCCGUUGCUCGGUUCCUGCUCCUGCCAACCUAGCAGUUCGAAAGCACGUCAAAGUGCAAGUAGAUAAGUAGGUACUGCUCUGCCGGGAAGGUAAACGGCGUUUCCGUGCGCUGCUCUGGUUUGCCAGAAGCGGCUGAGUCAUGCUGGUCACAUGACCCGGAAGCUGCACACCGGCUCCCUCGGCCAAUAAAGCGAGAUGAGCGCCGCAACCCCAGAGACGGUCACGACUGAACUUAACUGUCAGGGGUCCCUUUACCUUUACCUUACGGCAGGCUAGUUUCAACACACCCACACACCUCUCUCUCCUCCAACCAGGCAAGCAAGAGGCAUUAAUGACACAUGCCAUCCAGGCAAAGAUAUUCAAGGAGGUUGCAAAACGGUGUAGGGUGUGGCCCCUGGACCUGAGACUUCCCACCCUUGUUUUAGAGAGACACUAUGGGAUGUGUGGCGACAUAAACUAAGCUUGGAUGGGACCCCAGCCAAAUGAAGGGCACAGAAGGGGCCCAUUUCUAAGGCGGCUGAUACCUCCCCUCUCUCUUUCCCUUCGCCAGGAGUGAUGGAUAAUGCUCUGGUCAUGCACCAGCUGCGCUGUAACGGAGUCCUGGAGGGGAUCCGGAUCUGCCGGAAGGGAUUCCCCAACCGGAUCCUUUACGGGGACUUCAGGCAAAGGUGAAUCUGCUUUCGGGGUCACGCUGGGUGGAGGGUGGCCCUUCUCUGCACUGUGCCUGUUGCAACCUGUAAUAUUUGCUACCUUCCGCGCCAUUGAAAAAUGCCUUUCAUAACAGUACAGUGGUGCCUCGCAAGACGAAAUUAAUCCGUUCCACAAGUAUCUUCGUCUAGCGGUUUUUUCGUCUUGCGAAGCAACCCUAUUAGCGGCUUAGCGGAUUAGCGCUAUUAGCGGUUUAGCGGCUAUUAAAGGCUUAGCGGCUUAGAAAAAGGGGGGGGAGCGGAAAAAAAAUCUCAAGACUCGCAAGACAUUUUCGUCUUGCAAAGCAAGCCCAUAUGGAAAUUCGUCCUGCGAAGCGCAUUGAAAACGGAAAACCCUUUCGUCUAGCGGGUUUUCCGUCUUGCGAGGCAUUUGUCUUGCGGGGCACCACUGUACUGUUCUUGGGAGGGCAAAUGGCUCUCUUUGGAGGUCAUGAAACGGCCUGGUCAUUUAUGGCGGACAACAGACAGCAACGUGCAAUUAAUUAGCCAGUAAAAAUAUCUGGAGCACGGGUUGCCUUUACACACCAGCAUGGUAGCUCUGCUCAGUCCGAUGAUUCUUUAGAAGGUUUUGGAGGAGGUGGAAUUGCAGUCUAGAACUCUGGCGUUCUCCUACGACUAGAACUGCCUCCUCAGCAGGGCCGGAUUUAGGUUUGAUGAGGCCCUCAGCUACUGAAGGGAAUGGGGCCCUUUAUAUGUCCAGCUGUCCUUUGUCAACAACAAAUUGUCGCUGUUUUUGUGUGUUGAAUAUAUGAAAUCAAUCAGUAGGCAUAAGACUCCUACCCUUAGUCUAUGCUGCCUGAUCAUCAGUCUACAAGCACUCUUUAAUGUUAGAUAACAGGUACAACAGCUUGACCUACAUUCAACUGUGCUUCACUCCAGUCUGCAGCUGCAUGCUACAUGUUGCCCUGCAACCAGUCCAUGCAGAAUGUAGGCACCCUAUAUAUAGAAAUGAGCAAACCAGUGAUAUUUUAGGGAGCAGGCUAGUAGGCUCCUGUGUGAGUGCCUGGAGGCGGUUGGAGGAUGGAUGGCGGCUAAUGGAUUGAAGUUGAAUCCUGACAAGACAGAAGUACUGUUUUUGGGGGACAGGGGGCGGGCUGGUGUGGAGGACUCCCUGGUCCUGAAUAGGGUAACUGUGCCCCUGAAGGACCAGCUGCGCAGCCUGGGAGUCAUUUUGGACUCACAGCUGUCCAUGGAGGUGCAGGUCAAUUCUGUAUCCAGGGCAGCUGUUUACCAACUCCACCUGGUACGCAGGCUGAGUACCCUACCUGUCCGCGGACUGUCUCACCAAAGUGGUGCAUGCUCUAGUUAUCUCCCGCUUGGACUACUGCAAUGCGCUCUACGUGGGGCUACCUUUGAAGGUGACUCGGAAACUACAACUAAUCCAGAAUGCGGCAGCUAGACUGGUGACUGGGGGCGGCCACCGAGACCACAUAACACCGGUCUUUCAAGACCUACAUUGGCUCCCAGUACGUUUCCGAGCACAAUUCAAAGUGCUGGUGUUGACCUUUAAAGCCCUAAACGGCCUCAGCCCAGUAUACCUGAAGGAGCGUCUCCAUCCCUAUCGUUCUGCCCGGACGCUGAGGUCCAGCGCCAAGGGCCUUCUGGCAGUUCCCUCAUUGCGAGAAGCAAAGCUACAGGGAACCAGGCAGAGGGCCUUCUCGGUAGUGGCGCCUGCCCUGUGGAACGCCCUCCCAUCAGAUGUCAAAGCGAUAAAUAACUACCUGACAUUCAGAAGACAUCUUAAGGCAGCCCUGUUCAGGGAAGUUUUUAAUCUGUGAUAUUUUAGUGUAUUUUUGGUUUCUAUGGAAGCCGCCCAGAGUGGCUGGGGAAACCCAGCCAGAUGGGCGGGGUACAAAUAAUAUAUUAUUAUUAUUAUUAUUAUUAUUGGCGGGGCCCAUGACUUACAUCAUAGGAGCCUACACAACACAAAACACUGUUGCUGUAUGUAGGUUUUUCCCCCUUUAAUUUUUUUGGGGGCCCCCAAGAGAGUGGGGCCCUAAGCUAUAGCUUGUUUAGCUUAUACGUAAAUCCAGCACUGCUCCCAGGCACUUGCUUCUGCGCCCCUAGCCAUAUAGCCAAAUACUAUAAGAAGGACUUGCUGGAAAUAAGAUCUGAACUAGAAUACAAAAUUGGGAGGUGAGAGGAGGUCAUGGAAAUAAGUAAAGGGAAAAGGUUAUGUAAAGGUUUAAUCUGUUUUUGUUCUAUUCUAAUUCAAUGCAUUUUUAUAUUUUUUGUUUUGUCUUCUUUUUUAUUCUAUUUUAUUGUUCACUUUUUUCUUGUUAUCUCUCGCUUUGUUAUGGUUAAAUUUUUUUCUGUAUUUUGUAUUGUUUUUUUUUCUUUUUUUGUAAUUUUAAACUUGGAAUAAAUAUCAUUUAAAAAAAAAUACUAUAAGUAAUAUUUACGAAGAAUAGUACAUUACAACAUGUUCUAAUGGAACUGCUUUAUUUUGUGUUUUCAUUAUGGGUGCUUAUUUAUUGUUUGUGCCAUUGGCCUUUAUACUUGUAAACUGCUUAGAAGGCUAUUUUGGCACUAAGUGAUAUAUAAAUUGAUUAACAACAACAAAGGUUAAAAAUAAAAUAAAAAUUGAUCGUUCACUGACCCAAAUUGAAAAUAGGCCUAAAACAGGUCAAUUAAGAAAUAUGCCGUCCUGGUUUUACGCCCCUGUACUUUCUUCCCAUCAGAAGAAUCUUACAGCUUUGGCAGCGGAAUCUAACAGAAUAUUUCCCUCCCCACCAGGUACCGUAUCCUGAACCCAGCUGCCAUCCCUGAGGGCCAGUUCAUCGACAGCCGGAAGGGAGCAGAGAAGCUCUUGGGCUCCUUAGAUAUCGACCACAACCAGUACAAGUUUGGCCACACUAAGGUGAGAGGGUGGAGCCUUUGCAGCCGCUUCCAGACAGCCUGUUUAUUCAGCAUCCAUCCUGAUUAACUUUCACAUAACUUAUGUGGUCAUUAGACAAUAUCCAGUAUUUAUUGAGCAUUUGUUCUGAUUUGAUUUCGUAGAGCGGUUAUAUCACAGUAAUUUGCUUGUGGGGUGUCUCUGCAUUUCCUUUAAUAUUUUGUUCACCCACCCUUUUUGGUGUGUUUCCCAGUCAGUUUCUAAACUGCAAGAAGUUCAUAUGGAUUUGUUGCUCUAAGCAAGCAAUCUGCAAUAAAACUUGGUACCGCUGGGGUGAUUGACACCCGUCAGUCGGAUAGGGAAGUGUUGUCAGCACUGAGACUCAGAUGUAUAGAGCUGAACUCAAAAUGCUUGUUUACAUAGCUGUUGUACUACCAACCUUACUGUAUGCUUGUGAAACAUGGACCACUUAUAAACGCCAUCUCCAACUUCUUGAAAGAUUCCAUCAACGGUGUCUCUUAAAAAUUUUACACAUCACUUGGGAAGACAGGCGAACUAAUGCCAGUGUACUGGAAGAAGCAAAGAUCACCAGUGUUGAAGCAAUGAUUCUUCAACAUCAACUUCGCUGGACUGGUCAUGUUGUGCGGAUACCUGAUUAUUGUCUUUCAAAGCAACUACUCUAUUCCAAACUUCAAAAUGGAAAGUGUAAUGCUGGCAGUCAGCAAAAGAGGUUUAAAGACUCUCUCAAGGCAAAUCUAAAAAAAUGUAGUAUGUUGUUGUUGUUUUUAGUCGUUUAGUCGUGUCCGACUCUUUGUGACCCCAUGGACCAGAGCACGCCAGGCACUCCUGCCUUCCACUGCCUCCCGCAGUUUGGUCAAACUGUAGUAUAAAAUGUAGUAUAAACACUGACAACUGGGAAACACUGGCCUGCGAGCGCUCCACUUGGAGAACAGCCUUUACCAAAGGUGUCCUGGGCUUUGAAGACACUCGAACUCAGGACGCAAGGCAGAAACGUGCUAAGAGGAAGGCACAAUUGGCAAAUCCACACCGUGAUCAAAUCCUGCCCGGAAACCAAUGUCCCCAUUGUGGAAGGACGUGUGGAUCCAGACUUGGCCUCCACAGGCACUUACAGACUCAUUGUUAAGACUGUGUUUAUGGAAGACAAUCUUACUCGGCUACGAGUGAUAGAAGAAGAAGAAAAAAAAGAAGAGGAAGAGGAAGAAGAAGAAGAAGGACUGGUGCUCAUCUAGUGCCCUUGUGGGCAAUAUUGUAUGAUAGAUAGAUGAUAGAUAUAGAUGAUAGAUAGAUAGAUAGAUAGAUAGAUAGAUAGAUAGAUAGAUAGAUAAAUGAUAGAUAGAUGAUAGAUAGAUGAUAGAUAGAUAGAUAUAGAUAGAUAGAUAGAUAGAUAGAUAGAUAGAUAGAUAGAUAGAUAGAUAUAGAUGAUAGAUAGAUAGAUAGAUUGAUUGAUUGAUAGAUAGAUGAUAGCUAGAUAGAGGCUUAGCCAGAGAUUCUCAUGCCGACCCCCCCACCACCUUUCCCUCUCCUUCCAGGUGUUUUUCAAGGCUGGACUGCUGGGCCAGUUGGAGGAAAUGCGAGACGAACGCCUUUCCCGCAUCAUCACCCGCAUCCAAGCGCAGGCCAGGGGUCAGCUUAUGCGCAUCGAGUUUAAGAAGAUUAUGGAACGUCGGUGAGCGCCGUGAUUAUCCCUUCUUAACUUGCAGGUUGGGCGGGAGUAAGAAUCGAUUUCCACGGUAUCUGGAAGAGGGAGAUUCACAAUAACAAGAUUUCCACAGGAUCACCUGUUAUUCCAUUUCAACAAACGUGCUGCAGGCACUUUCCGAAUGCACUUUCAGAGCAUUUGGUUCGCAGGGAAUCUUAGUUAGUUUUGGCUAUUUAAUGAGCAUUUGUCCCGAUUUGGUUACGGGUGCGUAGAUGGCGUUGCAUCAAAGCAAGCGCAUUACCCCAUCAUUUUGCUUAUCGCAGAAAAAAGAAGUCUGGUCUUUAGGGGCAGGCAGGCUUGUUUCCUCAAACGACUGUAAUUGUGCAGCCAAAAUUUAGCAGCAUGGGACAGAACCCCAUCUGAAAAUAGGGACAGCCUGGAAGCACCUUUUGCGGUCACAAGAAGACCCGCUCUUGAUGGUUGUCAGAAAUGCUGGUGGGCAGUUGCUUUGCUAGGCAACGUGACUGUUUAAAAGAUAUUUGGCUAGUACAAUGGUACCUCAGGUUACAUAUGCUUCAGGUUAUAGACGCUUCAGGUUACAGACUCCGCUAACCCAGAAAUAUUACCUCAGGUUCAGAACUUUGCUUCAGGAUGAGAACAGAAAUCGUGCUCCGGCAGCGCAGCGGCAGCAGGAGGCCCCAUUAGCUAAAGUGGUGCUUCAGGUUAAGAACACUUUCAGGUUAAGAACUGACCUCCAGAACGAAUUAAGUACUUAACCCGAGGCACCACUGUACUUAUACAGUGCUUAUUUAUUUGCACUUAUAGUCUGUCCUUCGGCAAAUGGUUCCCAGGGCGAGUUACAAGCACACACAAUUAAAAUAAGCAAGAACGUGCAGUUAGAAUCAUUUUAAAAAUCAUUUUAUAUUGCGUUUUAUACCAUAAACUGCCCUGUGAUCCGCGGAUGAAGGGCAGUACAGAAACUUAAUAAAAUUAAUAAAUGAAGUGAAAAAGGGGGCCCGUGGGAAGGGAAAAAAAACCUGUGGAACUCUACAACAAUGACCACCAAGACCUCACGAAUUGCAGUUUCUUUUUUUCUCCUUGCCUGGAACCUUGUUUUCAAAACCAAAAAGCAAUCCAUAUCAGAAUAAAUAAAUAAAAGCAGUGGCGCAGAAUACAAUGCACAGCAAUGGAAGAGGAGGCAAGGCAGCCAAUUGGUCAAAGCCUGGAGGGUAAAGAGUUGAAAUUUUGACCAAUCACUGAAAACCACAGGGACAUAGAGGGCUGCCUUACCCCCAAGUCGGAAUAUUGAGUCCCUUAGCUCAGCACUGCCCACUGUGACAGUCAUAGUUCCUCCAGGGUUUCUGGCAGGAAGGUGGGGGAGACGCUUUCCCCUGCUAAGGGGCUAAAUCCCCCGUUUCCUUACCCUCUUUUCCCCAGGGAUGCGUUGCUGGUGAUUCAGUGGAACAUCCGGGCGUUCAUGGGGGUGAAAAACUGGCCUUGGAUGAAGCUGUUCUUCAAAAUCAAGCCUCUGCUCAAGAGCGCAGAGACCGAGAAGGAGAUGCAGGUAACGCUUCUCGGGUUACGACUGAAAUUUAUCCAGAACUGCUAAGGGUUAAAAAUAAAUAAAUUAAGGGCUGCCACACUUGAGUCCAUCCAAAAACAUCUGGAAGGCCAUCGAGUGCUCCAAGCUAUCCCUGAUUUGCUCACAGGGGUUCAUAGCAGGCAGUUUAUGCACUCCACAAAUAUAUGAACACCUUGCGCAACAGUGUAAAUUAAUGCAGAAUUGGCCCUGUUACAUGUUUGACACGAUGCUCAUUCCACAUUUGUAAGAAACUGACAUCAGGCCUUUGCUGUUACUCCUUCUGGUGCCUGCUGGAAAUAUUUUGGUUUAGGCAAGCCUAUCCGGAUGUGUAGGGUUGACGCUUUAAUCGUAAGUUUUAGCUGAUCAGUUUUAAUAACUUUUUUUGGAAGGUUUUCAAAUUAUUUUAAAACUGUUUGCUGAUAGUUUCAUUUUUUUAAUUCUGUUUGUAACAUGCUUUGAGGUCACUGGGGUUUUAUUUUACAAUCAAGUGGAAUAUAAUUUUUUAUGAAAUAAAUACACAAACAGUGAAGGCCAGGUUGAACCCUUUGCAUGCUAGUCUUCUACAAACAAGGGCCGUUAUUUUCCGGUUGCGAAACCGUUCAAGCACCCAACCUCACACCUUCAAUCUGAAGUUGAAAAAGGUCUCGAAGCAGCUUUGCUCUACCAGCUUUGAAACAUCCCUUCCCAAUAUAUAAACCUGCCAUUCACGUUUCCUUUUAAGCAGCUACCACUGGCUGGCUGGUUGAGUCCAUCAGUCUUGUUUUCUUCUCCGCAGACAAUGAAGGAAGAAUUUGGGCGACUGAAGGAAGCCCUGGAGAAAUCGGAGACUCGGAGGAAGGAGCUGGAGGAAAAGAUGGUCUCCCUGUUGCAGGAGAAGAAUGAUCUCCAACUGCAAGUUCAAGCUGUGAGUGACUUUAUAAAGCCACCGGGACAAACCGCAAGGUCCUGGAGAGAGAGAGUCCUCGGUUGCUUCCAUGUGACCGGCUCAUUGAGCAUAUUUCUGGAUUUGUUUGCAUAAGGUUUGUGGGGAGGUUAGACAACGUUGGUGAUCUGUUGUGCAUUGAUUCUGGUUUGCUUGCAGAGAGAGUCGGUGCUGCUGCAUUGAGUAAGCAUCUCCUCACAUUCUGAAAUUUGUUUCCUCAUCUCUCUCUGAAAUAUACUCAGAGUUGAGAGUGGAUUUCAUGCUCUUUAUUCAGCUCAUAGUGGUGAGGAGGAAUGAAUGUUUCCCCAAAGUAUCUGCUUUAUAUACAUUAUUUACACAAUGGGCUGCACGUGAUUGGCUAAUUCCGGAAUUCUCCUGUAGGCCAAUCAGGUUGUGGAUUCACUUCCAUCUGGAGCUGGAUUGGGUGGCUCCUGCAGACCAAUCAUACUGCUGCAUUGUUCUAGGACCAAUCAGACUGCUGCAUUUUGGAUCCUGUUCAACUCAGUACAUAACACUCUCCUUAUCGCUCUUGUUACGCGACGGAUCAACUUUAAUGGCGAAACCUGAAUUGACCGGUAUAUGACUGAAUCACACCCAAAGUUGGCAAGAAGCUGUGAUCUAGCCCCACUGAUGGGCCCUGCAGAUUUCUUACCACUGCCCUGGCUGCCAGCAGCUCUGCAGGAUUCAGAUGGGGGUCCUUCCCUGUCGUACCUGGAGAUGCCAGGGUCUGAAUCUGGGAUCUUCUGAAUGCAAACCAUCAGCUCUGCCACCGAGCUACUGACACCAAAAGAUCCCAUUUGGCAGCAAUACUUGACUCUGUAAUUAACAACCUCUAUUUUUACCUUCCUGGUAGAUGGUAAAAAGGUAAAAGGCAAAUGACCCCUGGACGGUUAAGUCCAGUCAAAGGCGACUAUAGGGUUGCGGCACUCAUCUCUCUUCAGGCCAAGGGAGCCAGCGUUUGUCCACAGACAGCUUUCCGGUUUGUGUGGCCAGCAGGACUAAACCGCUUCUGGCGGAACGGGACACCGUGACGGAAACCAGAGUGCACGGAAAUGUUGUUUACCUUCCCGCCACAGCAGUAACUAUUUAUCUACUUGCACUGGUGUGCUUUCGAACUGCUAGAUUGGCAGGAGCUGCGAAUGGGAGCUCACCCCGUUGUGGGGAUUCGAACCACCGACCCUCUGAUCGGCAAGCGCAAGAGCAGGGGUCAGCAAACUUUUUCAGCAGGGGGCUGGUCCACUGUCCCUCAGACCUUGUGGGGGGCCAGACUAUAUUUUGGAAAAAAAUAUGAACGAAUUCCUAUGUCCCACAAAUAUCCCAGAGAUGCAUUUUAAAUAAAAGCACACACUCUACUCCUGUAAAAACACACUGAUUCUUGGACCGUCUGCGGGCCGGAUUUAGAAGGCGAUUGUGCCAUAUCCAGCCCCUGGGCCUUAGUUUGCCUACCCAUGCCCAAGAGGCUCAAUGGUUUAGACCACAGCGCCACCUGGAGGGGGUGGACAGAGUGGACAAAAUGCAUCCUUCCCACCUAAUUGCAUUGGCCUCUAUAGAAACAAGGUGUUUGAGGAAAGGGUUGUAGCUCAGCGGUAGAACAUUUGCUUAGCAAGCAGAAAAUAUCAAGUUCAAUUCCAGCAUCUCCAGGUAGGACUAGAAAUUUCCCCCUGUCUGAAACCCUGGAUAGCCACUGCCAGUCAGGGUGGAAAUUACUGAGUUAUAUGAGCCAAUAAUCUGACUCAGUAUAAGACAGCUCCCUAUGUUUCUGUGAAAUGGGCGCAUAUGGAAUUGACAAAACGGUUCAGGAUACUGGGCAGAUAUGAAGCAAAGGUCAACGUGCACUGUUGCUAUCUCUUAAGAAGACAGGAAGGUACGUUGGGAUCAAAACAGCCUUUUACAUUAUCAAAAAGUCCUAACAUAUUUGUUUUAUUUUUAUUUAUUAAAUUUGUACGCCGCCCUCUACCCAUAGAUCUCAGGGUGGUUCACAACAUAAAAUCACAAUAAAAGCACUUUUGACCUUUCACGUCUCAUCUCUUUGCAGCACCUCCUUGUUCCCGUUUACUCCGUCCUCCUCAAAUGCCUAAAGAGAUGCUCGCUUUUCCAAAAAACCCCUUCUUUCCUUCCUCUCCUCUCGCAGGAACAAGAUAAUCUGAACGAUGCUGAGGAACGGUGCGACCAGCUGAUCAAGAACAAGAUUCAGCUGGAGGCCAAGGUGAAGGAGCUGACCGAGAGGAUGGAGGAUGAGGAGGAGAUGAACGCCGAGCUGACGGCCAAGAAACGGAAGCUGGAGGACGAGUGUUCGGAGCUCAAGAAGGACAUUGAUGACCUGGAGCUGACCCUGGCCAAAGUGGAGAAGGAGAAGCACGCCACGGAGAACAAGGUGCGCUUAGAGUGGCAGCGAGGCAAGUUCCCUAUGUGAACCUGCCAAGGUGAUAAGGUCCUUAGGUGAGCACCUGUUCCCAGCCCCUUUGACAUUAGUGGCACAGCUGGUGGGGACACAAGAGAGGGCCUUUUCGGUGGUGGCUCCCUGUUCUGAACUGCAGGCCCAAAGGAGGGCUUGUGGGAGUGGUUGGGUGCAGGGAGACCAAAGAAGGAUGUCAAAAACAUCGGAAUGGCCAGUUCCAGAGAAGGUGUCGACUUAGGCAAAGCAGCCUGCCGUUUCUCCUAGCCUUUGCAGACACCGCAGCAAGGAGAUGGCUUUGCCCGCACCCAAACAAACCUUCUUAAUACAGCAGAGCAGCACAUGUCAUUUCACCCGACUAGAUGAGGUCAUAGGUGGCAAAUACCCAAACCCGUCAGGAUGCUUUCAGCGGCUCCCAGCAGGGUUGCCCAGGAAAGUAUAAAGACAAGGGAAAGUUUCUUACCGUCCUUUUUCAUUUCAAUAUUUACAGAGAGAGGCUAUAGAACCCAGCCUCUUGGAUAAUGGUGUUGUCCUGAGUGAAUCUCCACCCUCCGUCUCUCCCGCUUCCUCAUUCGUCUCCUACGGGUGCUGCUACGUGCCCUCUGCCUUCAAGCUCUUUGCUCUCCUACUUUUAAGGCUCAGCGAGUUCUGGGAGAUGGAGGGUCUGGGAUGCUUUCUAAUGACAAUGUGUCAGCCAGCUGCCUCUCCAGUUCUGCCUUCCCCUCUCCCAUUAUUUUCCAGCUUUCCCCCUCAUCUGCCUCUGAGCUGUGACCUCCCUCAAACCCCUGUUGUAAACCUACACUGUCCUCCUCUUCCUCCUCCUUGGAAGGGUCAGAAUGGGGAGGAGGUCUCCCCUAUUCCACCUCUGCCCAGUCCCUGACAACACCUUGCAGAUAGUUCUCCUUUCUGGGCUCAGAGCCCAGCCCCCAGUUCCGCAGAUAAGGAUUGCAUCAAAGCAGGCCAAUUAGUGUAGGAAUAUAAACAUAUGUGAGCCCAUUGCUGCAACCACUACCAAUUAAUUGUGAGGUUUUCUUGACUACCAAGAUGCUUCCGGAACAGUUUGCCUUUGGUUCAACACACUCCCAGAUUGUGGAAUUCCCUCCCAAGAGAGGUCAGACUGGCUCCCUCUUUUGUUACCCUUCCACCAGCAGGCUAAGGCCUCUGCAACAUAUUCUACCGACAAGCUAAGACUUGCUUUCUGUCCCACCAAUCGUCACAGAUCAGGCUGAGUGAUCUGAGUGGGCUGCCCUCCAGCUAAGAGCUUCUCCCCACAUGCUCCUGAGACCCCCACAUGUCGAUUCAAGGUUGUCCCUUCCCCACAACUCCUUACAUCUCUGGGGUUUGGCCUUCCCACCAGGUGAAAAAUCUCACGGAGGAGAUGGCCGGUCUGGACGAGAUCAUCGCCAAGCUGACCAAGGAGAAGAAAUCCUUGCAAGAGGCCCACCAGCAAGCUCUGGAUGACCUACAGGUCGAAGAAGACAAAGUCAACACGCUCAGCAAAGCCAAGCUGAAGCUGGAGCAGCAGGCGGACGAUGUGAGUCAACAGCAGAGACUGGAGAGUCUCAUGAGAAGCUGUUCUCAGAGCUGGAGCCUUCCAAGUGCUGGCGGACUCCAACUCCCAUCAGCCCUGACCAUUGGCUGCACUGGCUGCUGAGGCUGAUGGGAGAUGUAGUCCAGCAACAUCCAGAAGGACACAAAUCCUCCAUCCUUGCGUCCAACCAAAGAUCUCUUGCUCUGGCAGAUCUUCUUGGUGGGAGAGAGGGGCUUUCCCCACCUUUAGCUAUCGCAGUUUCUCUGCCACAGGGGUGGGGGACAUUUUAUUAAUUUUUUUCAAUAUAAUUUUUAUUACAUUUCCUGUUUUACAAUUUAGAAUAUUCAUUUAAACAACCUUAAAAUAUCAAAACCUUCCCUUCUUCUCUUUCCGUGGUUCAUUUUGCAAAACAUAAAUCCCUACAUGUUUUAUAUAAACUAAACCAUUCAGUGUUCCAUUAUGACAGCUGUCAAAACUUAACUUACACUGUUGUAUUUAUCUUAAUGUUGCCAGUGUUUUCAAGUGUACACAAUUACCCCCAUUUUUUCCAGUAAACAUUUUCCAGUGUUCUUCAAACGUAUGUUCUUCUCGUUCUCUUAUUCUGUAUGUUAGGUCAGCAAGCUGCGCAUAUUCUGUCAGCUUAAGUUGCCAUUCUUUUUUAGUUGGGACCUCGGGGGUAAGGGGCAUUUUACGUCCUGUGGGCCACGUUGACAACUUUCCCAAGUCGCAUGCCAGCAGUGGAUGGGGACAGAGGUCAAACUGGGUGGACUGAUACGUGUGCUUUCACUCUGCGUCCACAACUGGAAGGCAGCAGAGCUUCUGAAUGCUAGUUGCUGGAAAACACAGGAGAAGAGAAGGGUGUCUGUUUGGCUGCUGAGAGACUGUGGUCCUGGGCUAGGUGGGCUGUGGUCCUGAUCCAGAAGGGCUCCCUCUUUCCAUACUCCAUCCAGGCAAAUGUGCCCCAUCUCCCAAAAAAAGGUUGGCCAACCUCUGAUCUAGUAAAAGGUAAAGGGACCCCUGACCAUUAGGUCCAGUCUCAGACGACUCUGGGGUUGCGGCGCUCAUCUCGCUUUAUUGGCCAAGGGAGCCGGCGUACAGCUUCCGGGUCAUGUGGCCAGCAUGACUAAGCCGCUUCUGGCGAACCAGAGCAGCGCACGGAAACGCUGUUUACCUUCCUGCCGGAGUGGUACCUAUUUAUCUACUUGCACUUUGAUGUGCUUUUGAACUGCUAGGUUGGCAGGAGCAGGGACCGAGCAAUGGGAACUCACCCCGUUGCGGGGAUUCAUACCGCCGACCUUCUGAUUGGCAAGUCCUAGGCUCUGUGGUUUAACCCACAGCGCCACCCGCGUCCCAUCUAGUGGACAGCCCCAAAUGAAUUCUGCAGUCCAAAGCACAAGAAACCACCUGUGAGUAACACCCGUUUCUUCUUCUUGUUGUUCUUGUCUGCCUCUUUCAAACCAGCUGGAAGGCUCCCUGGAACAGGAGAGGAAGAUCCGUAUGGACCUGGAACGGGCCAAGAGGAAGCUGGAAGGGGACUUGAAGCUGACCCAGGAGAACAUCAUGGACCUGGAGAACGACAAGCAACAGCUGGAGGAUAAACUGAAAAAGUAGGGGACGUGCCUCAUCUUAGCACGCUUUGCAGGAGCCUCGGGAAACAGGAGAGAGAGAGAGAGAGAGGCCACCCCUCUCUGCCUGCCACUACCAAACUCUUUUCACUGUUUUCACCCUUUACUCUUGGGUAGCAUAUUCGUGGAGGAGGGGGCUAUGGAUGGCUAGUAGCCCUGACGGCUGAGCUGUGCCUUCAUACCUGGAGGCAGUAGUAAUAAUAAUAAUAAUUUAGUAUUUAUACUCCGCCCAUCUGGCUGAGUUUCCCCAGCCACACUGGGCAGCUCCCAACAGAAUAUUAAAAACAAAAUAAAAUAUCUAACAUUAAAAACUUCCCUAAACAGGGCUGCCUUCAGAUUUCUUCUAAAAGUCAGGUAGUUGCUUAUUGCCUUGACAUCUGAUGGGAGGGUGUUCCACAGGGCGGGCGCCACCACCAAGAAGGCUCUCUGCCUGGUUCCCUGUAGCCUCACUUCUUGCAGUGAGGAAACUGCCAGAAGGCCCUCGGAGCUGGACCUCAGUAAUCUUUUUUUUUUUUUUUAAUAUUUAUUAGGGUUUUCACAAUAUUACAAAAUGGAAAAAAAAGAAAGAAUACAAAAUAAAAAUAGUUAAAAACAAUUCAAUCUUUCGAUCACUUAUCUUUCAUUUGCUUGUUUCCCAGACCUCCUCAUACCUCCCUUUUUUGUAUUCCAGUUCAAUUUAUUAGUUCAGCAAAUCCUUUCCCUCUUUGUUUUAUCCUGAUCUUUAAUCUUAAUAUAUUAUAGCAUUAAAUUUUUACCUAUUAAAAAUCCAUUUUUUCAUAUUCUUUUAUACCAUUACAGCUAAAAACCACUUAACUUCAAUCCAACAUCCUUCUAGCAUUCAUUAAUUUUGCAGUAUUUCUGUAAAUAGUCUUUAAAUUUCUUCCAAUCUUCCUCCACCAACUGGACCUCAGUAAUCUUUCCAAAUACCAUUUGCUGGAAGCCACAGGAGAGGAGAGGGCACUUGUGCUCAGGUUGUGCUUGUUGGCUCCCCACUGGGGCAUCUAGUUGGUCACCGCAAGAACAGGAUGCUGGACUAGGUGGACCAUUGGCCUGAUCCAGCAGGCUCUUCUUUAUAUCCUUAUAUAUAUCUAAAACGAAUGCAUGUGAGCUGUGUCCAGUUCUGUCCACCAGGGAUUAAGGAGGGUGUUGUUGACACUAUUGCAACAGGCCUGGACACCCAAGGCUGAAGAGCCCAAGUCUAGACCAAGAGCCUCAUUCUGGUGGCAGCUCUGGGUAUGAUGCUUUGGUAAGGUGAAAAUCAUGCAGACCGGCGGGGGGUGGGGGGAUAGAUAGGAAUUAUGAUCAAAGACCAGUUCACAUAACAUAACACAAUAAAAACAGCAUUCAUAAAGAUAAAAUAUACAAUCGGAGCAGAUUGCAGCAAUAGCUCAUGAGUUAAAAUUGAGAUAUAGCCACUUCCACCUUCAAAAGGAGGUGGUGUUGCGUGAUUGAGGGAAUCCCCGGCCGCGUCAUCCCCUGGACAGCCAAUCGGCUGGCUCGGGAGGCGUGGCCUGCCCUAUUUAAUGCAGGCACGGCUGAGGAUCUCCCUCUUUUGCCGCCUCCAGCUGCUCCAGCUGAAGGGCAACUUCAGCAUUUCCCUAGUGAGCUAUUUUAUUCUAGAGGAUGAUCUGUAUUCUAGAGGAUUAUCUGAUGUAUGAAUGCGGUAUGGGAAGGGAAUGGGAGGAUGGUGGUGUUUACUUCCCCAAAUGCCUUUUUCAGGAAGGAGUUUGACAUCAACCAGCAGAACAGCAAGAUCGAAGAUGAGCAGGCCCUGGCUUCACAGCUUCAGAAGAAGUUGAAGGAACUGCAGGUGGGUGCCCAGCUUAGACCUUCAGCUUUCAGAUAUCUCUCCUCUCUAGAAAUGCCCAGGGGUGGACUUUCCCUCUUUCCCCAGCUCUUGGCUUUAUGUUCUAGAACCACCUUCUGACCUAGAACCAACCCCCUGUGAGUUUGGCCCUGGGACAAGCCACCGGCCACCCAAAGGGUCUUGCCCUUGAGCCAAUAUGCUGGAUGGAUUGAGGGACCCGUCUUCUUUUUUCUGUGCUCCAGGCGCGGAUCGAGGAGCUGGAAGAGGAGCUGGAGGCGGAGCGAGCAUCCCGGGCCAAGGUGGAGAAGCAGCGCUCCGACCUCUCGCGGGAGCUGGAGGAGAUCAGCGAGCGGCUGGAGGAGGCCGGCGGGGCCACCACCGUGCAGGUGGAGCUGAACAAGAAGCGGGAGGCGGAAUUCCAGAAGAUGCGCCGCGACCUGGAGGAGGCCACUCUCCACCACGAGGCCACGGCGGCCACGCUCCGCAAGAAGCACGCCGACUCGGUGGCCGAGCUGGGGGAGCAGAUCGACAACCUGCAACGCGUGAAGCAGAAGCUGGAGAAGGAGAAGAGCGAGUUGAAGCUGGAGCUGGACGACGUGGGCUCCAACAUGGAGCAGCUGCUGAAAGCCAAGGUGUUGUAUGGAUGGAUGGAGGAGCUAAAGAUACGUAGCUCAAAGGGGUACCUGGAUACCUGGAGGUGGAAGCUGGGGAGAGGGGGAAGCUGGGAAGGUGUUAUCCUGAUACCUUCUAGAGACCAAGCUGAGCCAAGGGGCGUCCUACAGGGAUGUCGUUUAGUGGACUGUCUCCAAAUGACGUAAUCAAGCCAACCGAGUGACACGGCCAACGCCGUAUUGUCCAGAGCACUGUCUACAAAUCCAGCAUGUUCCUUUAAACUGAGAGACUCAGUUAAGCCUGAUUAAGAUUAAAAGGGCAGCAUGUGGCCCAUUUGCUUGAACGUUUUGCCCCACCUUCCUCGUGUUGCUGCCUUUCUGGCAUCUGGAGCUGUCCUCCUCACUCCUCUCUCACUUUCCUCGCUUCCCCCCCCCUUCUCCUCUCGGCCGGCAGGUGAAUUUGGAGAAGAUGUGUCGCACCGUGGAGGACCAGGCUGCAGAUUACCGGGCCAAGUUUGAGGAGACCCAGAGGACCCUCAACGACACCAACACACAGCGGGCCAAACUCCAAACGGAAAAUGGUAAAACACACAUCGUUUUCCCACUGGCUUUCUGAUUAUUUACUUUCCUAGAGGGAACAAAAUUCAGGGCUGCCCUGCCGUUAGGCAUAGUGAGCACCUCAGGUGGCAGAUAUUGGGGGGCAGCAGCAACUCUUGGAUAUUCCUCUUUGUUGCCCCUCACUUUUUCUUGGGGCCAUGGAAGGUGCUGUUCAGCCAAUGUUCAUCUUCCAGUCCAUUUGGUUUCCAUAUGUGGAAUGGAGAGUGGGUGGCCAUCUUGGCCGUCGCCUCAGGCCAUGAAAUGUCUUGGGCCCCAGACGGAGCCUGCAGAAGCAAACAUUCCAUCUCCCUUGCCCCUCAGGAGAACUCGCCCGCCAACUCGAAGAGAAAGAGGCUCUCAUUUCUCAGCUCACUCGAGGGAAGCAGUCGUACACCCAGCAAAUGGAGGACUUGAAGAGGCAGCUGGAAGAGGAGGCCAAGGUAAAAGAGCCGUGAGAACUGUUGGUCUGAAGCAGAGGGACGCUGAGAGAAAACAGAACGACAGAAUCGCAGGAACUGUGGGUCCGGGAUCAGAGCCUGAGGGAAAAUCAGUGGAAUAUGAGAAUCAGGGGGAUUCAGGAUUCAGAGGUUGCAGUGGGAGAAGGCAUGAAGGAGGUGUUGAGAGAGAUCAACCAAAUAUUCUCAUGUCCGUCCUUCACUCAGGCCAAGAAUGCUCUGGCGCAUGCGCUGCAGUCGGCCCGCCAUGACUGCGACCUUCUGAGGGAGCAGUAUGAGGAAGAAGUAGAGGCCAAAGCAGAGCUCCAGCGCUCUCUGUCCAAGGCCAACUCCGAGGUGGCGCAGUGGAGGACCAAGUACGAGACCGACGCCAUCCAGAGGACGGAGGAGCUGGAGGAGGCCAAGUAAGUGAGAAGGUCUGGGAUGGAUGUCUACCUCAGCCCUGCCAGCUCACAGGCCUGCCUGGCUCUUGUGGAAUGGCUCAAGGGUCCAGGCGGAGAUGGACAAGCCAAGGCAUUUGAGCAGCAGGAGGCUCAGACCAAAGAAACAGGCCUGGCCUGGCCUGACCGCUCCGAUAGCCACACAGCCUCCUCUGGCCUAUCAGGGGUUUGGGCAGCUGCUGAAGCAGGUGGCCGUUUUCUUUCCUACUCCUUACCUUGGCCGGCACUCGAGGUGGGGAUGUGGGCCCCCUCGGCAGCCUUUGGGGUCUGCUGUGGGCCUGACUCUCUCACACCCCACCACUGCCCCCCCUCCAGCCCUGCCCGUCCCCCCAAAGCCCCACGGACAUCGCUCUUCGGUUCCUCUAACGGCGAAGCUUUUGGCUCGGGUUAUAUUUUAAAAUGGCAGCGUAUAAGACGAGCAAAAAGCUUGUUGGUUGGAGGAGAAAUCCCCCACUUAAAAAAACAAAACCAAAAAGGCACUAAGGUAGGUUGAGGUAGGAGGAGCUGUGGUGUUGGUGACCGGGGUGGGGGGUACAUUCACUGUCCCCAACGAGGCCAAAAGAGCAGAGCUGGGGGUACGACACACAAGUUGUGGGCCUCGCCUGUGCAGCCACACUCUGCCCCCCUAUGAUGACUGCUGUCCCAGGUAGAGCAGGGGUGGGGGACCCUCAUGGUCCCCCCAGCAACCUCUGUUCCUCCUCUCUCUGUGUAUAAAACCCUCUGACUUCUGUAUGGCUGGAGUGCAGCCUACAGUACAAAGGUAAGAAUCGAAGCCAUUGGCCCGUCUACUUUUGCCUCUGUCCCUAAUCAUUGGCAUUCGGCCCUCGGAAGGUUGGCCACAAGGGAAUGUGGCCCCUGGACUAGGAAAAGAAAGGUCGCCCACCCCUGAGGUGAGACCAUUGAGAUUACUUCCCGGAGCGCCCUGGAGAGGUCAUUGUGGAGGCCCAUUUUCUCUCUGCUGUUCCUCCUCUCCCUCAUCCAUAGACUGAGGAAGCAAGCCAGCCCCUCCUGCGGUAAUAAUUGAUUCACUUUCCCCCCACCCACCCACCCACAAACUUGCAUAUCAGGAAGAAGCUGGCGCAGCGCCUCCAGGACGCUGAGGAGGCGGUGGAGGCCGUGAACGCCAAGUGCUCCUCCCUGGAGAAGACCAAGCACCGCCUGCAGAACGAGAUCGAAGACCUCAUGGUGGACGUGGAGCGCUCAAACGCGGCCGCAGCUGCCCUGGACAAGAAGCAGAGGAACUUCGACAAGGCGAGUGACUCAGCUGGGAGAAAGGGAAAUGGGCGCAAUUCAGAGUGAAACAAGGGUCGUGUCCUCCAGCUCAAGUUAGAGUUGUUGUUGUUGUUUGCCCUCUUUCCCCUCCAUCCUCUCAGAUCCUCUCGGAGUGGAAGCAGAAAUAUGAGGAGACCCAGGCAGAGCUGGAGGCCUCUCAGAAGGAGUCCCGGGCGCUCAGCACCGAGCUCUUCAAGCUGAAGAACGCCUACGAGGAGUCUCUGGAGCACCUGGAGACCUUGAGGAGGGAGAACAAGAACUUACAGGGUGAGUUAGGGUGAGGACGAGGCCUUUGGCAAAGCCUUGCUGCUUCACAGCUUAUCCCUCACUUGAGCUUAUCCUUCUCUCCGGUCUGAGCCAAGUCUUCCGCUUCCUCCUCUCUCCCCACAGAGGAGAUUUCCGACCUCACUGAGCAGUUGGGCGAGGGGGGCAAGAGCAUGCACGAACUAGAGAAGGUCCGGAAGCAGCUGGAGGCUGAGAAGAUGGAGUUGCAGGCAGCUCUGGAAGAGGCUGAGGUGAUACCAAACGCCUUUCUCCCUUAAACACCAACCUUUGCCCCUCCUUGUCCUCCUGUCUGUGCUUCUACUUCUUUUCUCUCACCUCCUCUUCCCUUCCAUCCCCCUCCCCUAUUUUAAAUCACUUUAAUCACCACAGUUUCCCCACACAAGGAACCCUGGCAGUUUAGAAAUUCUUACUAGCCCAACGGUCUGCUCCGCCAUGAGGCAGGCUGGGAGGGGGCAGUUUGGGGCACUAUGAAAGGAAAGCAAACAACCAGUUAUUUAAUUUAUCAUUGUUGUUUUAUGGCAAGAGGCACCACUUGAAGUCCGGACCUCUGGGGGCCAAAUAAGCUUUUCCUAACAUUUCCUGCUCAGAGCUAUGGGCCUUUAUCCCUCCCUCCCUCCUUCUCUCUCUCUCUCUCCAGCCCAGAAAUACCUGGAAACUGAGGUUCUGCACAAACAGUAUAGCGCUAUAUUAUUUUAAUAGUGCGCACCGCAUAACCAAGAUCAUCCAUCAUGUAUACAAAAACCUCUCACAGCACAAAGAUCCCCUGCAACAUUAAUUAAACUCUUCCUCCAUUCUGGUUCUGUCCAUCCCCCCACACACAUUCUGUACAUCCUGACUGUGGGAUAAGUGAUGAAUUGCCCCUUAUUUCGGCAACUUCUGCUCCUCGUGUGGGGUGUGAGAACUAUAAUUGCCAGUUUACUUGUGUUGAUAUUUUUUUUCUUUAUGUCUGUAUAAACAGCAUUUGUAGGCCCACUAGCACCCCAGGGUAGGGAACAGAAGCCAACAAGGAGCAAUUCAUCACUUAUCUUUAGCCACAUCCCAAAAGAAACCAUAAAACAAGCAGAACUUACAAACAGGAAGUGUUUAAUUAAAGGCACAGUAGUCCUUAAAAGUUUCAACAUUGCUUUGCUCCUCUGUACUGGGCAGGCUGGCAUUUCAAUUGCUUUUCAUUGGCGCAAAUCAGGUCAGGGGGAAAUCCAAGACGAAAACACUGGAAUGCAAUGACUUGACAUCAACAUUGUCUUGAGGACUUUCCCGUAAAAAUAAUGAGCAAUUCUGGAGAACAGGCCCAAAAUAGAAACAACUGUGUAACUGUUGACAUGAUAGAGCCUUGGCCCACCAGAAAGCAUCUGCCCUAUCUGAUAGAGUUUGAGUUGAGGAAGAAGCUGGAUCUUGACACCAUCAAACCUCCAAUCUUGUCUCCUCCGAUUCUCCUUCCACUUCUUCCCUCAUCCAUUUGUCCUCUCGCUCUACACCAUCAUUUCCUGACCUUCCAGGCCUCUCUGGAGCACGAGGAAGGCAAGAUCCUGCGGGCCCAGCUGGAGUUCAACCAGAUCAAGGCCGACAUCGAGCGCAAGCUGGCCGAGAAGGACGAGGAGAUGGAGCAGGCCAAGCGCAACCACUUGAGGAUGGUGGACUCGCUCCAGGCCUCCCUCGACGCCGAGACCCGCAGCCGCAACGAGGCGCUGAGGGUCAAGAAGAAGAUGGAGGGCGACCUCAACGAGAUGGAGAUCCAGCUCAGCCAAGCCAACCGGGUGGCAGCUGAGGCCCAGAAACACCUCAAGAUUGCCCACACCCACCUCAAGGUAACGAGGCACAAGGCCUUUGUCCCCCGCCUCAGUGGACCACAGCCUGAGGGGCUGGGAGGGGAGGUUCACACAGCCCCACACAAAAGGGCAGGGAGGUAUUUAUGAGGAGGCUUAUACCUGCCAUGGGAAGAAAGAGGCUUACUUUAAUAAUAAUAAUAAUAAUAAUAAUAAUAAUAAUAAUAAUAUUUAUACCCCGCCCAUCUGGCUGAGUUUCCCCAGCCACUCUGGGCGGCUCCCAAUCAAGUGUUGAAAACAGUACAGCAUUAAAUAUUAAAAACUUCCCUAAACAGGGCUGCCUUCAGAUGUCUUUUAAAGAUAGGAUAGCUGCUUAUUUCCUUCACAUCUGAAGGGAGGGUGUUCCACGGGGUGGGCGCCACUACCGAGAAGGCCCUCUGCCCGGUUCCCUGUAGCUGCACUUCUCACAGUGAGGGAACCUCCAGAAGGCCCUCGGUGCUGGAUCUCAGUGUCCGGGCUGGACGAUGGGGGUGGAGACGCUCCUUCAGGUAUACAGGACCAAGGCUCUUUAGGGCUUUAAAGGUCAGCACCAACACUUUGAAUUGUGCUCGGAAAUUGUAAUUGUACUUACAGCUUGAAACAAUAUAAGUGUGUGUGUGUGUGUGUGGUUGCCCAGGACAACCAGAUCCAACUGGAUGACGCCCUGCGAGCCAACGAAGACCUGAAGGAGAACAUUGCCAUAGUAGAGAGGCGGAACUCCCUGCUGCAGGCCGAGCUCGAAGAGCUACGCAGCGUGGUGGAGCAAACAGAGCGCGGCCGGAAACUAGCUGAGCAGGAGUUGAUCGAGGCCAGCGAGCGGGUGCAGCUCCUCCACUCCCAGGUGAAGAGGGAAUGACCCUGAUUUCAUAUGUGAAAACAAACAAACAAGCACUAAUUUGAGGGGGCUGAUACCUUCCCUUUGCAGAACGACAGGGUGCUGUUACUUUCAAAGGCCAGGCGAGUCCCACAGUCUUGUGAACUUGGGUGCUCUUGUCAUCGUGAGAGCCUGUCCUUGGUUCAUGUUCUGGACUACAGAAUUCCUCUGCCUGAACCGAGACAAUAUUUUCUGAAGUGUAGAGUCCCUGCCUAUCCCCACUCUUCCAUCUCCUCCUCUUUGACUCCCCAUUGGGGUUUCCUGCCCCAGUCCUUCUCUCACCCUUCCACUGGCCAACUCCAUUCCUGCCUGUCACUCUCUCUCCCCUCCUUCCAUCUUCUCAUCUCCUUCAUUGCCUCCAUCUUUCACCCCUCAAUUUAGCCUGCUUCCAGUGAUAGCAUCUUCUCCUGCCCCUUCAUCCUCAUCUUCCUCUAGCUUGCAGCCUGCUACUGAAGCUCAGCCAGCUGACACUUUGUCCUCCAGCUGGGUCUGCUGCUCUGUGUCUUCCUUGUCAUUACCUCUUCCCUUCCACUCCACCCAGAUCACCUUCCAGUUGGUUUGAGGGACUGAUGAUGCCACAGAGGGGCAGCUCCUGACUCCCAAUUUCACAUACCCAAGUAAUGGGAUCUGAGCUGAAUUGACCAGGAAUGACUACUAGCCACUGUCGGAGGUGGUGUGCCUCUGAAAUCUGCCCAUUUUUAGGAAUCACCAGUAGGUUGAGCUAAUGUCCUGCUUGCUGGCUUCUUAUAAUGGGCAUCUGGUCAGCCGCUGUGAGAACAGAAUGAUGGACCAGGUGGACAUUUGGCCUAAUACGUUCCAUGACGCUACUCCACCUUCUCUCAUUCUGACUCGCCCAUCUCCCCUCAGAACACCAGCCUCAUCAACCAGAAGAAGAAGAUGGAGACUGACCUGUCCCAGCUUCAGUCGGAGGUGGAGGAGGCAAUUCAGGAGUGCAGGAACGCUGAGGAGAAGGCCAAGAAGGCCAUCACGGAUGUGAGUACAAAUCAGAUCAUGGAAAGGUGGGAUCCACAACUGGCGACCCUAAAGCUUAGUUUUGCCCCUUCCCCUUCACCAAUUGCCUGUCCUCGCAAGUAUUGACCCAGCCGUCUAUCUUGUUCUGCUGGGAUUUGCACAAGCCCAGUUAGGUUCAGGACCAUAGACAGCUCCCAGUGGGCCCUGUUGGCUGAGCCAUGAAAGAUGAUGUUGUCUCAGCAAAGGACCGCCAACACCUGAAGGCUGAAGGGUCAGGGGUUUGGUGUAGCAGCGCCUGUUUAAGAGAGGAGUAUGGGCUCCUGUCCCCAUCACCUCCUCCCCUCAGGAUUUUUAAGGCCUGCAUUGGGUUUGCCAGACUGAGGUAAUUCUCUGCAUUCUCUCUGCUUCCUCCAGGCGGCCAUGAUGGCGGAGGAGCUGAAGAAGGAGCAGGACACCAGCGCUCACCUGGAGAGGAUGAAGAAGAACAUGGAGCAGACCAUCAAGGACCUGCAGCUGCGGCUGGAUGAGGCUGAGCAGCUGGCCCUGAAGGGCGGCAAGAAGCAGCUGCAGAAGCUGGAGGCCCGAGUGCGGGAGCUGGAGAACGAGCUGGAGAUGGAGCAGAAGCGCAACGGCGAGACCGUCAAGGGCAUGCGCAAGUGCGAGAGGCGCAUCAAGGAGCUCACCUACCAGGUGCGGGGGCUCAGGCGGCGUCCGUCCGGAUGAGCUGGGGACGCUGCGAGGCUAUGUGGCAAAACCAUGUAUAUGGCGAUCAAGGUGCAUCGUAUCUUCUCUGAGCAUAGAAGAGACCAGCGUGGAAAAUACACAGGAGAGCCGUAGAGCAGAAUUGGGACCCUUUCUCAGCUGGAGGGCUGCAUUCCAUUAUAAGGAACUUCUUUUCAGGGGGUCACCUGCCAGGGGUGGGCAGGGCUAGGGGCAGCAGCCGGAACUCUCACCUUUUGCACUAGAGCAGGGGUCAGCAACCUUGUUCAGCCGUGGGCCGGUCCACCGUCCCUCAGACCAUGUGGUGGGCCGGACUAUAUUUUGAAAGAAAAUAUGAACGAAUUCCUGUGCCCCACAAACAACCCAGAUAUGCAUUUUAAAUAAAAGGACACAUUCUACUCAUGUAAAAACACACUGAUUCCCAGAGAAGGCGAUUGGGCUGCAUCCGGCCCAAGGCCUUAGGUUGCCUACCCCUGCACUAGAGGUUACAUUGCAAAAGUCAGAGGUUUCUACACAUACAUCUCUGUGCCCUCUCUUCCUCCAGGAAAACAAGAAGCAUUAUUAAAGAUCAAGGAGACAUCUCAGCUUGGCCAAAGCCCUCAAGGGGUGUGGCUUGGGGAGGGAUGUAGCUAAGGAAGAGUCUCAAGGGUCAGAUAGAGAGUUCUGGAGGCCACAUUUGGAUCCUCCCCCUUGUGGCAGAGGAUCAGCAGGCUGGCUGUAGCCAGGUUUCAUUUAUCUGUUUACAUUGUUAGAGACAAUAUAAAUUCACAUCUCGCCAUUGCUUUAUUACCUAAUACUUUUGUUGUGGUUUUAGGACUACAUGAACUGCUUUGGUGUUUUCAUUGUAAACAGAAAGCGGUAUACAAAUGAAGUUUUGCAGAAAUUCAAAAUUUGGCCAAAUUUCUUUAUUUAAAAAAAACAAACCACUGCUGUUGUUUCAUUUUUUUAAAUCCCAUGGAUACUUUUAAAAGAAAGCAAAUCUUAAGGCUAGUGGAUGAAUGCUAGAACCAUAACACAAAGUAUUCACUGGUGACAUUUGAUCCCAUCUUGCAGUUUUGAUUGUUUUAAAAUUCCUAAAUUAACUGAUUUCCAUAGUUUGGAAAGUCAAGGGAAAUUCUGAUCAGGAGACUUUGCAAAGUGCAAGCACAUCUGAGUCAGGCUGGAGGUUCGCUGCAUAUGUAUGCACACCAGAGAUGAUUUUACCCAGUGUUUUUUUCUGGGGGGAUGCAGGGGGAUGCAUAUCCCUAAACAUUUUGUAAAUCUUUGUACUUUUGUUCAUUUACUGUAUUUAUUUUUCUCGAUUUGAACUAUAAAAUGGUGAUUUUCUUGAGUCAAAAUGAGAGUACCCCUAAACAUUUUUUAAGGAAAAAAAAGCACUGAUUUUACCUAUAGAAAGUUACACAUAGGGUUGGUUCAGCUGUAACUCCAAACUGUGAUUUAUGCCAUCAUUUACACAUCAAACCUGCGUUCUAGGUUUACAGGCAAAAUGGCUGCUUGUGCAGUUUCUUUCUUCUUUGAGAAUCUCCUUACUCUAUCCUAAACAGUAACCUCCAAGGGCAGUAGGAGCACUAUUAUUAUUAUUAUUAUUAUUAUUAUUAUUAUUAUUAUUCCAAAACUCAUUUUGUAAACUCAGGUGUAAUCCCAAAACACAGCCUGCCCAAAGUGCGGUUUGCAAACCAGCUUCAAAACUUGAUUUCGGAUCCUGGUUUGGUGGCUACUUGCAAACUAUGGUUUGUCAGAUGGCGUUAGUUUAAACCACGGUUUGGUGUUGCAAGCAAACCAAUUUAUGGAGAAACAGUUGUGGAUGCCAAGUGACGGUUUCUCCUCCAUUUUCCUUCCCAUUUCUCCUCAUCUGCAGACUGAGGAGGACAAGAAGAACUUGCUGAGGCUCCAGGAUCUGGUGGACAAGUUGCAGCUGAAGGUCAAAGCCUACAAGAGACAGGCAGAGGAAGCGGUGAGUUCCUAGGUUCUCUCCACAGUUAUCAGCCAGCCUUGUCAAAAACAAUGGCUGCAGAGACCCAAUAGCCACUAGGUCAAAUUACAGCACCUUCCACAGCGCCUAAGUAAAGGUAAAGGUAAAGGGACCCCUGACCACUAGGUCCAGUCGUGGCCAACUCUGGGGUUGCGGCGCUCAUCUCGCUUUACUGGCCGAGGGAGCCGGCGUACAGCUUCCGGGUCAUGUGGCCAGCAUGACUAAGCCGCUUCUGGCGAACCAGAGCAGCACACGGAAACGCCGUUUACCUUCCCGCUGGAGUGGUACCUAUUUAUCUACUUGCACUUUGAUGAGCUUUCGAACUGCUAGGUUGGCAGGAGCAGGGACCGAGCAACGGGAGCUCACCCUGUCGCGGGGAUUUGAACUGCCAACCUUCUGAUCGGCAAGUCCUAGGCUCUGUGGUUUAACCCACAGCGCCACCCUUGGCAAAUCAAGAAAAACUUUGCUAAACCUGAGCUGCCAGGAUGCUUAGAUUGAACUAAGGUUGCCUGAUGCUUUGCAAGAUACAGUUUGCUAGACGGUAUAAACAACCAGCCAUAUGGUGCUUGAGCUCCUUUGCAGGAUAAAACUUCCCUGAACCUGAGCAACUAGUGGCUCUCAUUUUAAGUCUUCUGAACAAACUUUGCAAGACCUUAGCUGGCUUUUCAUGAUCAAGUUCUACAGGUCAGGUUGGGUGGAAGGUGAUGAAAUGAAGCAGGUUAUAAUGUUUCGGUGGUGGUAAAGGACGCACGCAGUUAAUCUGGAAACCCUUGGCUGAAAUUUCAGACAGUCUGGUGAAUUACCGUAUUUUUCGCUCCAUAAGACGCACUUUUCCCCUCCUAAAAAGUAAGGGGAAAUGUGUGCGUCUUAAGGAGCGAAUGCAGGCGGGAGGCUCUGCUCAGCGCUCCCUUUAAAGAGCCGCGCGGAGCAUGUGUGCGGUCUUGGGGGCUUUUCCGCAAGGUAGGAGAAGGAACUGACAGGCUGCCCUCUGUCCCUUCCCACACCUCCCGGAAAAGCCAGCAAGAGCCGCUCCCAGGCUCUGCUCAGCGCUCCCUUGUAAGGGCUCCCUUUCGUCUCAUCCCGCUUUGCUGGGAAGCCAGCAGAAGAAGAGGCGCUCUGCUGGCUUCUCAGCAAAGUGGGAGGAGGGACGGAAGGGUUUAAAGCAAGAAAAGCAAGAGCCGCUUACAUGCUAUGCGCAGAAUUUUUAUUUUCUUGCUUUCCCCCUCUAAAAACUAGGUGCGUCUUAUGGUCAGGUGCGUCUUAUGGAGCGGAAAAUACAGUAACCACAUGCCUUUUUCCCAGUUCCAUCUCUCUUACAAGUGGAUCAGUAAAUACCUUCCGUUCUCCUCCCCAAUCCUUGCAGUGGGUCACGCAGGUCUGAUGAACACCACCCACCGUGGUGUCCUUAAGAACAUAAGGAGAUCCUGCUGGAUCCUACUGGAUCCGCAACUGGCACUCAGAAGCAUUACUGCCUAUGACUUUAUUGCCCUCCCCUCCUUGAAUUUGCCUAAUCCUCUUUCAAACCCAUCGAAGCAGGGGGCCAUCGCUGCCUACCCUUUAUCCUUUGCCAGGCAAAAUUUCAUAAACUUCUAUGUCAGCUCUUCCCAAUGUGUUUUCUUCAAGGUGUGGCCCGAGGGCCGCAUGUGGCCCUCAAAGCCUUUUUUGGCACAGUUGACACCCAGCCCUCAUGCUGCCUGCCCAAAGCCACUGCAACCUUCCCUUAUCGAGGAGUCUGUGUUAAGUUGUGGGAGAACAUAUCAGACGACACAGCGAUUCUUCAGACAGCUCUUGUUUAUUCAGAGGCCAGAACAGAACUGAACUGAAGGGUUCAGUCAGCCUGCUUAUAUAGAGCUCCACUACAAUGCAACUGUAACAACUUUCUAAAACUAUCCAAUCACUGAAUGUCACUUUCGAUCCCUCAUUUGCAUAACUAUCUACAGUAUCCCCCUGCUGGCCCAGGGUGAGAACUUCAGUACAUAACAGUCUGGAUCAUUCUGCCUGCCCUUUUCUGAGCUUUCCCACCUUUUCUUCCCCUCUACCCCCUGGCCCACCCGCAGGAGGAGCAGGCCAACAGCAACCUGGCCAAGUUCCGGAAGGUUCAGCACGAGCUGGAUGAGGCCGAGGAGCGGGCGGACAUCGCCGAGUCCCAAGUCAACAAGCUGAAGGCCAAGACCCGCGAUGUGGGAGGGAAGGUGAGUGUUGUGGCCGGCUGAGGGAGGCAGGUGGGCUCUGGGGAGAGACCCCAACUUGCCGUUUGUCCUGUUCACACAUUACAUUCAGCCAGGCCGCAGUCUGUGUACACAAACAACUGAGUUGUGCACGUGACAAGCAAUACAGGUACAGUCUGUGUACACAAUUUAUCAUCAUUUCGUUAUUAAUUGCCUUUAUACCCCGCCUUGGAGCUCAAGGUGGUCUACGCAGCUCUUCUCCCCCUCGUUUAAUCUCCAACAACAGCCCUGUGAGGUAGGCUAGGCUGAGGGGCAGCCAGUGAGCUUCACGGUCGAGCGGGGAUUUCGAACCCUCAUCUUCCAGGUCUUAGUCUGAUGCUCUAACCUCCACAGUUCACUGAGCUGCACAAAUCAACGUGUGUACGCCCUUUCACACAAACACUUGUGCAUGUGUAGAGGCAGCUUGUACCUGGGUUCAGCAUAUUGUGUGAACAAGCCUUUGGCGUCUCCUUUCCAUUCCAGUGAAUCAGGCUGUGCAUUUGCACUUAAGCUCCACACCCGGCACAUUCACCCCAUCCCUCCCUCCCAAAAUUCACAAAGGUAAAGUAACUUUUACUCAGAGUAGAUCCACUGAAAUUAAUAGUCAUGGUAAUUCAUUUCAACGGGUCUUCUCUGAGUCAAAAAUGUUAACAUAUUGGAGAGCUGCUCCAAAAUGUUGGGAGGUAGCUUUUGGUAUGUUGGUGAUGGCAUUGGCAUGAGCCAAUAGACCCCCCUGUUUAAAGCUAGCUUUUCUCCAAUACAACGAAAAGUUCCAGAAUUGUUUAGGAGGUUUUUCCCUAGGGCAUGAAUACAUAUGCACGUUUUCAUGGCAGCAAAGGUGAUUUCAGAGCACAUCUCCUACCCUUUUAAAUGUUGCAUCCUGCUUCUGUCUCCCUUGUUUUAUUUCUGUGCUCAUCAUACUCUCCUCCUUUUAAUUUUUCCCCCUUCAUCCUUUCCUUCUGUGCUUCUCUCUUCCAGAAACUUCAUGAUGAAGAGUGA